CAGUGUAACGCAGCGGUGGGUAUGAAAGCAUUUUUUGAUAUGAUGCACGAAGGUCCGCACAAAGUAAUGUUGUUUGGCGCUGCUUGUACCCAAGUGACGGAUCCAAUCGCAAAAGCGUCCAAACAUUGGAGAAUAACUCAGGUAGGUACUUGAGAUAAUAAUGUUUUUUAAGUACUUCAAACAAUAUUGUCAAAAAAAAAAAUCCUCAGUGGAUAUUAUCAAAUACAACCAGUAGGGGUUAUCUGGGGGGAGAGGAGAAGAUUAUAAUUGACUCAAUGCAGAUAAAAAUUACAUAACUAUUUAACAAGCAAGAUAAAUAAUCAACAAAUUAACACCCUUUUUGUCUAGAUAAAAAACGAUAAUAUAAUCUUUUUUGUUAGUUUCUAUACAAAAACGAUGUAGGUGGGAAUUUGGAAAGGUAGGAUACAUAAAGUUAUUUAAUUAAUAUCUGUAUACAAAGACAAACUAUUGUUAACUAUAAACAAUUAAAACGAAGUUCUAUAAGACAUAUUCUGAAAUUCCGUAAUUUUUAAGAUUUUCAUUAAAUUUUGAAUUUAAAAUGCCUAUAAAAAAAAAAAAAAAACUAAUGCAUUAAAUUCAAGUUUAUUUCUAAGACCACUAAGUACCUGUGUUAAAUUUUCAUAUGCUGUAUACCUAAUAAAUAAAAAUAUACAUAAAAACACGAAAAUAUCAAAUAUCUACAAAAAGCCUUAAAAAAUUAGAAUAUUUUGUGAAUGUUAACAAGUCUAUAAUAGACAUAAAUAUUUUAUGAAAAUUACAAGUCUUUAGGGUCUUAUGGUUAAUUUUUAACCGAAUAACAACAAAAUACCAAAAUACCGUACAUAUUGCCGUAUUUCCUACGUUUUUUCUUGGUUUUUCGUAAUUAUUAGGAAAACUAUACAAAAAUUCAAACAACUUUUCACUCACAAACAAGUCAAAAUUUUAUUUUAGAAAAUAUGUUUUUUUAAAUAUGGAAAAAGAUUUCUGGUAAAAAAAUAUAAUCUCAACGAUUUUUAAUAAUGAAAUUAUUUUACUAUAAUUUGAAAAAAUCCUAUUUUAGAUUUUGAGUGGAGUGAAGAAAUUUAUGGUUUUACAAAGACGUUUUUUUUUUUAUCUGUGCGCUACAUUUCUACCAGAAUAUCUUGUUCCGAUUUUUAAGUGUAGCACCUUUUCCGAAAGGAAACCAGUGGAGGAGAUACUUUAAUCAGGUCAUUUUUCGAUUUUCUCAGGUGUUUGCCCAACAAAUUAGAAAAACCGGAAAAAAAACGGAGGAAAACAGAAAAAUGUACGAAAUGUAGGUAUUAGUUGAUAAAGUUACAGACUUAUUUUUCUUGUGAACAAUUUUUUUACCUAUAAUUUUGCUCUAAUUUAUUACAAUGAUAGCAUUUUAUUCUAAAAGGAAAUCAGACUAGAGAGGUACUUGAAGAAGGUAAUGUUUUGAUUUUCUCUAGUGAAUGGGAAAAACCAUAGGAAAAAUGGAAAAAUAGGUACAAUAUUAAACAAAUUUAAUUAAAGCAAAUAUAUAAAGCCUAUGUAAUUAUUUUACCAUAAUAUGACAAAUAUUGUUGACAAAGAAACACUAUCAACUGAACUCCUCUCGGAAACGUUUGUUCGUUAGCAAUGGUGUAUUGUUGCUUACAAGAUAUACAUUAAAUUUCCUUUCUACUAUCUUCUUAACUUCUCACCUACAACAGUGGCUACACCCACGUGCGAAGUAUUUUUCUUUUUUGGUUUUCUCUAAUUAUUAUAAAAACUACUUUAGGUAUCAAAAACUAACUUUUUUUAUUAGUAGCUAGAUUUUAAAUGGAACAAAAUCAAUAUUUUGUUAUUUUUUGAUCGGAAAAAUAUUUCUGUAAAAAAUAAUUUACGAAAAUUAAAAAUAAUUAAAUUGGUAACGCCUCAAUGCGUCAUAAAUAUUUGUCGUUUUACCUAUAAUUUACCUUCGGUUUUUUCAAUUAUUUUGAAAAAGCCAUGGAAAAUCAAAAAAUAACCUCUAGAGCCACCAAAAGAUAAUUUGUUUUCAGAAAAAAAACAACACUCUACACAUCGGAGCAAGAUUUUUUUAAAAGCUAUUUUCAGGUAGAAAAAAAAAGCAUAUAUCAUAGUGAAACUAAUAGAACCCUCACUACGCUCCAAGAUCUAUUAAAGUUCUAUAAAAUAUAGCUCUUAAAAAGAUUGUUGUCUACUUAAUAAUUACUACCUAAAUCUUUACAUAAUAUUAGGUAAUUAAAUAUUUUAUUUAUUCUUUCUAAAAAACAUAUUAAUUAAUACGAUUUAAACAAUUCGUCUAUAAAUAAUUGUACUAUUUAUCUAGAUAUGGUAAAACUAACGAAAUAUACAUAUUAUAUUGCUUCAUAUUUCAACAGUUUUCUUUUUAAAAUUUAGUUAUUUUAUUGAAUACUAUAUUACUAUUAAUAACUUCUUUUUUUGAUUAUUAUAUUCAACUUUAAAAUUUAAAACGAAACUAAACGUCCUUUAAAUGUAACUUUUUUUAUAGUUUUUAAACCGCGUUUACCUAAGUACAUAAUGAAAUUAUUACUUUUACUGAAUAUUUUUAGAUUCUGAAUGUAAUGAAGAAUGUAUUAGUUUCACUAAAAUAUUUUUAUUUUUUUUAUUUUUUGUUAUACUGUAUACAAAAGUUCGAACAUAAAUCUUGCUCAAAUAUAUACGCACGGCACGAUUUCUGAAAGAAAAUAUUGUUCAGAUGAAACUCUUAGGGAAUAUCUGGAAAAACCAGGAUAAAACGAAAAAAGAAAAACAAGAAAUUUACGAAAAUAACGCUUUUAUUAUUUUUCAAUUUUGUUAUUUGUUAUAAUUCAGUUAAAAAUAUUCGUCGAGAUUUAAAAUUCGGACAAAAACUUAUAUUUGCCUUUUCUGGAUGUGGGUUCUUCGUAUGGGUGAAAGAUGUGAAAUAAUAUUGUUACUGCAUAGUAUGUAUGAUACGGAUACGCAGCGGUUUGUUCGUCAAUGAACAUGUGUGUAUCGUCCUAUGUGUGUGUGUGUGUGUGUGUGCGUAUGUGUGUAUUUAUUAUAUGGUCAUCGUCGCGACACUUACGCAUACAUUAUGUUUAUGUUACAUUUAUGUUUAAUAUUGACCGGCAGCUACCUAUCGCACGAGAUUAUUUUCUUUAUUCACUUAUUUAGCAUCUACCUAACUUUUUUUACUUAAUGUUUUACUACGAUUAUAUAAAAUUAAUCACUUACCUACAUUACUUGCACUACUUGAAGUUCGCAAGAAGUUCGUUACUCAAAAUAUAAGGAGCAGGUAUAAUGCUUAGGUUUCGAUAAAUUGCUACAAUAAAUACAAGUAGGUUUUUUUAAUUGCUUUGUUACCAGGUCAACUAUGUCAAUAGAUAUGUAUACAGACGUCGGGUCGCUAAUAAGUGACGACUAGCGGGAGAUGCAUCCGUUUAGUGUAACGAAUCGUUAGCCAACAUAUUAUUGUGUAAUUAUUUUGCUUUAAAAUGCUUGCUAUAAUACAAAAUGUACAGACAAUUGUUUAUCCUGAGUGACGAUCAAGACAGUCAGGCAUAAUAUAUUGUGUGUAUGUUUAUAAUGUGUUAUUAGAGAAAUAAAAUGACAGACACGUUUAAUUUAUGACAAAAAAAAAAAAGCUGACAAUAUGUACAACCACCAGGCACGAAGAAAUGUGAAUUAAUCAAAUACAGCAGCCCACCUAUGGUAUCUGCAACUGCCGUAUAGAUUUGGAAAGAUGUAGAUAGUAAGGAUUUUGGAUGAGCAAAAUUAUGUAGAUAUUAUAACAUGUUAUGUUAAAUAACUCUAUAUUGUCUCUUAUAGCAUAUUUGUUGUAAUCUCAUGGUUAUUUAUGCCUAUUAUCAUCCUAGGUGUUCCGAGUUCAAACCAGUGUGACGAAAAAAACUUUUUUAUAUUUUUUUUUCCUCUUACAUACACAAAGAAAAAACAAAUGCAUUUUGGAUAUACCUACAGACGCAAGCCAUCGUUUCCUCGGACUAUUUUAAUCAUAAAUUACCUCUCGAUUUGUUGAUUUACUGUGCAAACUUUUCUACCAUAAAUCUCACUCCUAUGAAUCAAGUGUAACUUAUUUUCUGAAAGAAAUUUUAUCUCCAUGGUAAUUCAAAAAAGUUGUUUCCGAUUUAUCAAGCGGUUUUCAUUAUAUCUGGGAAAAAUCGGGAUAAAUGUCGGAAAAACGAAAUAUGUACGAAAUUUUGGUAUUAGUAAAAAAAUAUUAUGGCCUUUUUUUCUGUGUACAAAUUUUCUACCGACAAUUUCAUUCCGAUUUAAAGUGAUAGCACUUUUUUUGAACGAAAAUCUGAUUGGAAAGGUACUUUAGCAAUAGCUGUUUUAAUUUCUAGAAAAAAGUAUUAAAACAAUUAAUAUUCAAUAAACUACUGCUUCGAUAAGGAUUUUUUUCCAAAUCGAUGUCCCCUUCAAAGGCAAAUCAAUUAAAAAAAAAAAUUUUAAAUAUUUAAUAUUAACAGCUUUAGAAAAAUACAUCGAACAUAGUGGAACACUCUGUAUAAUAUCAAAACGGAAAUUAAAUUGUAUUAAAACUUGCCGCUUACGCAUACGACUCAAACAGAAUAAGUACAAAAAAUUGAUGGUGUAUUCUAAAAUAACUUUAUUAUUAUUGGAAUAAAUGAAAAUAAAAUCUGCUUCAGGUCAAUAAUAAUGAAUCUAAAUGAUAAAUCCAAAUACUACUGACUCACCAAUCCCUGUAUUUCAAAACUACUCAACGUACGUAAUUUAAAUUUGGAAUAGUGGUUCCUUUAAAACUUUCACCAUGCAAUAAGAAAAGAUUUUUUAAAAUUCAAUCCCUAAGGGGGUAACAUAGGGGUUUCAGUUAUAUUUGGUAUGAAUAUCGAAUUGCUUAUUUGUUAUUUUUUGUUUAUUUUUAUUGGUUACAAUGGUGUUACAGAAAAGAAAACUAUUAAUUAUUAUUAUUAUUAUUAUAACUACUAUUAUUUGCACUAUUAAAAUUUCACAAUAAAACAGAUUUAGUCCGCUGAUGGUGGACUACUCACUUUCCACCUAUUUAUUUUCAUUCAAUUUUGACACGGCCAAAACCAAAAAUUAAUUUGGGUAAAAUAAUAAUAAUACAAAUUGGCACGAGCGAUGCCGGGCGCAAAAUAGCUAGUAUAUCUAUAAUAUGUAUUACAAAUAUUUAACACUAUAUUGCCAAUCGAUAUUUUAUAAUAUACCUACGUCGCGUAUAUAUAAAUUUAUUGCGGACCUUAGAUUUAAAGCUGCAUUAUUGACGAGCCGUCUCGGUCGGGAUUUCCAAAGAAUACUGUAUAACCGCAAAUCUCUUUACAUCUAUGAACUGCUGUGGAAAGAAAUAAACUAUGUGACUCAAUAUUCCUCGAGAUUAGGAUCCCAAGCUAUAUCACGUCAAACGCAGAUGUUUAAAAUCAGAUAAUCGCAAUAAUAUAUAUUCAAUACGUGUGUAGUUUAAAAAGAAUAAAAACAAAUAGGUUAUAUCAAUGUUUUUUUGUUUUUAUAAAUAUUAAUAACAUGUAACGCUUACAAAUUAAUCUGACAUUAGGUACCCACUAAACAUUGAUAUUACAAUAUGUUCUAGAAACAUACACAUUGUUUUAUACGAUCAAUUUCACAACGUAAUGUGCACACAAUGUAUUCGUUUUGUUUUAGAUUCGGAGCGUAGUGAGGAAUCUAUUGGUUUUACUAUAAUGUAUGUUUUGUAUUUUAUUUUUUUUCUAUGUACAACUUUUUACCAAAAAUCUUGUUCCAUUGAAGCAAAGAGUAUAUUUUCGUAGUUUUAUUGGAUGAUUAAAACAUUUUUAGAAAACAACAUUUUAAGAAAAUAACACAUAUUCAAACUCUAUUUUUAUGUGUUAUAGGCUGAGAUACGUUAUAUUGACCCAAAGUUUUGAUAUAAAUAUUUAAAUUUUCAAAUAUUUCAUGGGUUAACCAAUAACCAUGAGUUUAUCAUCUUAAUAUAUGGCCUCUAACUCAUAAGGGACUUUAGGACUCUAUCAUACAGGCGUUUAUUUAAUAAUAAUUAUUUAUGGGUAAUGGGUAUGUAUUACCUACUUAUAGAAUAAUAUUAUUUUAAAUAUUAAGUUGUUGACAUGAAUUUUUUUUACAGUUAUCUUACGCAGAUACUCAUCCAAUGUUCAGCAAUACGGAUUUUCCAAAUUUUUUUCGAGUUGUGCCCAGUGAAAAUGCAUUUAACGCUCCACGACUAGCAUUGCUCAGACAUUUCAAUUGGACCAGAGUGGGCACAAUUUACCAGAACGAGCCAAGAUACGCUUUAGUAAGUCCCAAAAGAUUAUUAAAUUAUACACCUUAUGAUAUAAAUAAUAAUAUUUAAAGGUAAAAUUUACCUAUAAUUUAAUAAUAUUUAUUAUAAUGCAUUAUUAAUGAUUUAUUUACUAUACCUACUUAAAAUUAUCUUUACUAUAGACUAUAGGUUAAACUUAAACUAUUAACUAUGUAUUAUAACUUUAACUAUAUACUUAUAUUAGUUUUACCUAAUUUUAAUGUUUGACAAAUAGUUAAAAUUUUCAAAAAAAAAUAAAAUCAAUGUAGAUUAAAUUAUUUAAAAAUCACUGUCUUAAAAUAAUUUUUUAAAAACAACCAACUAUGAACAAUAAAUGAUUAUCUAUUUAAAAGUCUCUAAUGUUUCUGUUAAAUGUACCUAUUUAUGAAUAAAUUGUAAGUAAAUAGUAAUGCGAUAGUUUUUGUAUAAUAUGAUUUAUCGUGGUUUACAAACAAUUCCUGAUGUUAAACAAAGAUGGAACACUUUUUUAGGUGAAAAGUUGGGAAGGUAAAAUAUAUAGAAGAAUUUAAUAUAUUUGUUUAAGCGACGAUUAAUUAUUGCUAACGAAUACCGAUUCUAAGCAAAGUCCGAUGAUGCGUGUUUUAAAAGUCCAUAAUAUACGAUUUUCGUCAAAAUUUGAUAUUAAAAUUAUAAUAAAAAAAAGAAUUCAAAAUAGGUACUACAUUAAAUUCAAUUUAUUUUUGUUGACCGCUAAGUACAACUUAUAAUAAACGUCCUGUUUAAUUUUCAAGCAUUUCUGUUUGGUCUAACAAUUUUAUCCGCAGAUUAUCGAAUAAAUAUUACGUAAAAAAAAUUAGCAAAAUCAAAUUGCCUAUAAAUAGCUCAAAAAUAGCUAAAAUAUUGUCAAAAUUUGACCACGUUCAUAAAAGGCAAAUUUAAGAUUUCUGUUUAAAUUUCAAACAUUUCAAACUAAAUAACAAUAAAAAAAAAUAAAACUGAAAAUAAUAAAAGCAUUAUCUACGUAAAUUUUACCAGUUUUCCUAUGUUUUUUCCAAAUUAUUUUGAAAACUACUUGGAAAAUCAAAAAAUGACUCGACGAAUAACCUACUACGCUAGAAACAUUUGCUUUCGGAAAAGAUGUUACACUUAAAAAUUGGAGCAAAAUUUCUGGUACAAUUUUAGUACACGAUAUAUUAAAAAAAAUAAACAUAAUUUUAAAACCAAUUUAUUCCUCGCUUUGCUUUAUAUUUCACUAUAUAUUGUUGAAAAAACAUCACUAUCAACUAAACUCCGCUCAGAAUCGUUCUUUUUAAUUAAUGAUUUAUCGUUGCUUACAGAUACAGAAAUUAAUUUGUAUUCAUUUUUCCUUAAUAUACUACCUUCUCAAGUUUUCACCAACAACAAACACAAGAUUCGAUUAUUAUCCAUGCAAACUUUGAGUAAGAUUGAUUUCGGUAUUUUUUUAAUCAAUAAUCAUUUUUUUUUAUUUUUAAAUAGCAACCCCCACGUCUUUUUGAAAAUAAUAUUAUAAAUUUACGAUAUUUGAGCUGACUUAAACCAGACGAAUGGAGAAGGAUUAUAAUACUACACUGGUUUAAAUUUUAAACUGAUAUAUUAUAAUACAUAUAACUCAAAAACAGUUCGAUAUUAGUGUUAUUCAUAACGAUAUUUGUAGAAUUCUCCAUUCGAAUCUGUAUUAAAAGUGGUUAAAAUGUUAAAGAUUUAAUAUCAAAAUUUAAUGCUCAUUUAACGUAUGUUUAGCUGAAACAAUUCCAUAGUGAUUGAUAAUAAAAUGAAAAAAAAAAAAUCAAAUUUACACAAAAUUAUCAGAAAUAAUUACUGGAUUAUCAUAAAAAAUACACCCUGUACAUUUAGGUGACAGACUAUAAUGAAAUUAUAAUAUAUGUAUUAUGUACGCAUAAUACUGACAGUAGGUAUAUAUUACAAUCAUUUAAUAUACGCGAUUAAUAACCUACGAGUUCCCGAAUGUAUUUAUAAAUACAUGCCGUCACAUAUUUCAUUAUACCAUUUUAAAAUAAUAAUAUUUAAUGUGAAUAUCACUAUCUCGUCGGAAUGAUAUUUCUUGACACGUCAGUGCGACAAUGACGGAAACUUUGCAGCGUCAUAAAACGAACGAAUGCAACGUGUAUAUUAUAUUCAUUAGUUUCCUUUGCGCAAAGAGAUCGGAUUUAAACGGAUUAAUUCAUCCCGCGAAUAUUUAUGUCGUAGGGGUUCCCGUGAAAAUAAGUUAUGAAUUUUCUUUAGAAAGUGAACAAUAAACUGAGUAAACUUUAUUCGAAAACUUUGUCAACGAUUUGAUUUUUUUUUUUUGAAAAUUUAAAACAAAUAAUACGAGUAACUGGCCAUUCGAAACGCGUUAUAGUGUUAUAGACAAAACCUUGAUUCGGUAUUAAUCUACCUAACACAAUGAAUACAUUUUUCCACAGUAUAAAAGAUGUGUUUUUAAAUUUUUUUUAUAUGAAUAAUGUGGUAUAUGUGAAAAAAACCAAAAUCAAAUUUUCUCAUAUUCUUAGUUCUUACGGUAAUCACUGAUAAGUGAUUGAAAAAAAUAUAUAUCCAUGUAUUUAUUUUACCGUUAUUUAGAAUAUAUUGGUAAUUAUUUGAUAUUACUUGUAUUUUUCUUAAUAAUGAGGAAAAAUCCGAUAAAAAACAUUGGAAAAAGAGAGAAUCGAAAAAAUUCUGGUUUCUGUUAUUCUGAAUUUUGAUUUGUUUAGAUUGUAAAUCGGUAAGGCGCAUCCAUAUAGUAUGCAAACAUGCUAAUCAUGAUACGCAGCAUACGUAAAAUUAACAAAUGCAUUAUGUGUGUACGUAAAUACAUUACGUACACGAAAAACUGAGACAGUAUGGAAGUAUUUAUGAAUAGAACACAGCACACAGUGAUAAGUAUUUCACGACUGUGACAAUAAGGGUACAUAAAAAAAAAAAUAAUUAAGACUAUUCGACGGGGUUCUUCAUAUUUUUUUUAAUGUUUGAUCCAAUGGAGAUACUGAAAUUAAAAUUGUUAAAGCUAUUUACCUUGUGAGCUACUUAUAGCUGCCGCGUCUUGUGUGAUCUAUAAUCUUGUUCCGCUUCUUUAAUUACACUUUGAACAUACUUUUUUUUCACACUUAAUAAUGUUAUGAGUUUCUUUUCUUUUUACUAUAAAGAUUUUUUUUUUCACAAUUGUCAGCAUCAAGAAUCAUUGUUUAGCCAUAUUCCUCUAGCUAUUUUCCUUCUAUCCAGGGUUUCUUGGCAUAUAGUGUUAAACCAUAGUUCAUUCUUUCUAUGGGCUUUUCCUAAAACUUUCUCUGACACUUUUCCAAGGGUAAUUUUAAUUACUUUUACCCUUUAUGUUCUUACAUCCGUUAUGUUGGCAAAUCUCUGAUUUACCAAUAUAUAGUCUAUUUGAUUUGAGUACCUACCAUCAGGUGACAUCCACGUCCCUUUAUGUAUAUUCUUAUACGGGAACAUUGUACUCUUGAUUCUAAGACCUUUCCCUAUGGCUAAAUCCACUACUUUUGUUCCACUAUCGUAAGUUAUGUCGUGCAAACUGUGGAUACCAAUAGUUGGUCUAAAAGAUCUCUCUUUCUCUAUUUUGGCAUUCAUAUCUCCUAGCACAAUUUUUAUUUUACUAUUACUUAUCCCUUCUAGUAGUAGUUCUAUCUCAGUAUAAAAAUCUUCUUUUUCUUGUUAUGUUUUGUCCUCCGUGGGUGUGUGUACGUUAAUGAAUACGAUAUCAAAAAACUUAGUCUCUAUUUUUAAUAGCGCUAGUCUUGGGUUGAUUACUCUAAACUCUUUUAUCAUUGGUACAAUAUUCUUACGUAUCGCAAAACCAACUAUUUAUUGUUCUCAUUCAUCACACCCACCAAAAAGGAUUGCCAUGUUGCUUUUUUCUAUACUUCUUGUUUCUUUCCAUCUUAUUUCCUGCAGAGCUACUACUCCUAAAUCGUAUCUUUUUACUUCUUUGAUCAUAUUUUGUGCAGCACCGGGUUUGUAAAGUGUUCGUACAUUCUAAGUUCCAAAAGUGAGUUCCGUAUUUCCGUUUCCAAAUAAUUUUCCAUUAAAUCUAUUCCGAGGCUUGUUCUUAGGGUCCUGAACAAAAACUCUGACCUUGAGUUGUUGGGGUAGUCUGUUCCUCCAGAUUGAAGGCUGAGCGCAGGGUGAACAAUCCUGCCUCGUAAAAAGAUUUUGUUCAAGAAUUAAUUUAAAUAGUAUUUCAAAAUCACUGAUAUUCAUUUAACAGAAAUUUCAAAAAUGAAAUGCAUCAUUAAAUUUAGAUUCUGAGUGAAGCGAAGAAGCUUAUAGUUUUACAAAGAUGCUUUUUUUUUCUGUAGACAACUUUUCUACCCGAGGACUUGCUUAGAUUUUUUCGUGUAGCACCUUUCGUAAUUUAAAUCGUAAUUCAAUGGUUUUUGUAAGCUUCAAAGUAAAUUAAAAUUUUAAAUAUUGGAAAUCAUUUUGGGGUAUCACCUUAUUUUUCAUGAAAAUUAUUAAAAAACUGUUUAACAUUGAACAUGUAUUCACAAUUUAUUUCACACAGAAUAUGGUAUUUGAAUAUGUUUAUUAUUAACACCAGAGUUUUAGGUGAAUUCUCGUGGGAUAUUAUGAAUAUACAAGUGUUUAUAAAUAUUUCGAAAACUUAUGUGCAUAUGGUUUGAUUAAAAUUCACACUAUGUAAUUACUCUAACUUUGAUACGAUGGAAAGCACUUCGUCGAAGAAGUCUUAAAUUAUCAAAGCUUACAUUAUUAUAAUAUGCAUUGUAAUUUAAUUCAAAAAUCCAAUUUUAAAAUAAAGAUAUUUCUGAAAUGAAGUAUAUUUUUGAUUAUGAGGAGUUCAGGCACAUAGCAAAGGGGAAUCCAUGGUGUCUGAACAACCCUCCGAAAUUUAAGCUUAUUACCAAAAUAUCAGAUUAUUGGCACAAUUGUAUAUUUAUAUAGGUAGUUAGUGAUCUAUUUUAUGUUUGGACUUCUCCCCCCCCCCAUAAAAAAAAUCUCAACUACGUGCUUGGCAGAGUUGUUUAUACUAUUUUGGUUUCAAGUAAUUUCGAGAUUUAACCUAGUUUUUUUUUAAUUAUUAAACAAAAAAAAAAUUGAUAUAUUUCCCAGUUUUACAUUAUUGGCAUGCAAUUUUUGUAGAGGGGAGAGUUGGAAAAGUAGGAUAUAUAUAGGAUGAUUUUUUAAGCACGCUCACUCCAUUUGUAUGAUAAAAUGAAAAACAUAAAUUUAAAAAUCUGAUUUUUGGAAUUUUUAAGUGUAUAAUGAAAGACAUUAUUUUUUCAUACUUCGAUCUUCUACAACUUUUAAGUAUCCUGAUGCAAUAUUAAAAUUGAUUUUUCAAAUGAGAACGUUAAAAUAUCGAUUACAGUACAUAAUAAUACAGUAAAAAUAAUAUUUUCAUUAAAACAUGAUUGAUCUCAUAUAAAAAAUCAAAGUUAGCAUCGCCAUAAAAUACUUUUUAAAUAUCGUCUACCACUAGGUACAACUAAAAAUUCCAAAAAUAAGAAUUUUAAUUUAUGGAUUAUAAUUUAACCAUAAAAAUGGGGUGAGCAUUCUUAAAAAAAUCAUCUUUUAUAUAUCCUGUAUAUCUAUAGGCAACGAUAAAUCAUUACGAAUAACAAUUUUUCCGAAGUAAAGUAAGGUUUAACUGUUUUGAUAACUUUAACUUCAACUUUUACUGAAAAUUAAAAUGUAUGUAUUGGUUUAAUUUUAUUCAUUAUGAUAUACCUAAAUAAUUAAAUAAAUAUUUAUUUAUUUACUAAUAUUUUCAUUAAAAUUUAAUAACUUCACAUUUUAGAUAGUUAAUGAAGCGAAGAAGGUUAUGGUUUUACAAAAAUGCUCUUUUUUUCUGUGGGCAACUUUUCUACCAGCAAUUUUGCUCUAACUAUUAAUGAUAGCAAUUUUUCUUAAAGAAAAUUUCACUGGAGAGGUACUUUAAAGAAGUCGUUUAUCGAUUUUUUUUCAGGAGUUUUCUCAGCAAAUGGUCGAAAAUGGGAAAAAACAUGGGAAAACAUGGAAAAAUUUAGUGAAACCGGGAACUUGGUACAGAAUUAAACAAUUAUUAUUAAAGAAAACCUAUAGAUCCUAUUUAUUUAUUUUUCUAUAAUGUGACAUAUAUAUUGUUGAUAAAGCAUUCAUUAUCAACUGAACUCCUCUCAGAAUCGUUUUUUCAUAAGCAAUGGUUUAUCGUUGCUUACAGGUAUACCUGUAAAUUACCUAUACCAGUUAUUGCACCCAUCUCCAUUAUCCUAGGACGUCUUUUUAAAAUUGAAAUAUUAUUAUUAUUAUUAUUGUAUUAUUUAUUUAUUUACGAACAGUGAGCCCAAUAUAAUUCAAAGAAAUACGUCUUUAUAUUAGUUUAACUAAGUGGGUGUUACACUUAACCAACUUUACAAGUAAUAAUUCUUAAAUUUAGUUAACUUUGAUUAAAUAACUUUAGAAUAUAAUAAGGUACAGAUAAUAACAAUAUACAAAUCAUGAUAUAAGACAUGAAAAUAAUUAGAUACUAAAUAAGAAUAAUAACAACAUUAUUAAUAUAUAUAUUAAACAAGAAAAAAUGUUAGCAAGUUAAGCAAGUUAGUCUCAACUCUUCUAUCAGCUAAAGAGAUAAGACUGAGUUGGUGCAUAACUAGUUGGUAGUCGUAGGGAGGAUGGUUAAUUUUCAGAAUAAACGCUGCUGAAUUUAAAAAUCUUCUCUGGACACGUUCAAUAAAUGAAGAAUCCACAUCCGUACAGGGAUCUCAUAGUACUAAAGCAUACUCUAGAAGGGAUCUAACAAUGGAACAGUAGAUAGAAAUGAGAGAUGCAAACAAUUUAAACUCCUUGGUCAAGCGUAACACAAAACCAAAUGUCUUUAGAGAUUUACAACACAUUGCUUCAAUAUGGGAUUGAUAGUUCAACUUAGGACUGAGAAUAAUAUCUAAAUCUUUUUUUGUGCUUACAUACUCAAGGGUCAAGUUAUUAAUGGCAUAAGUAUAGCUGAUAGUUUCAAAAUAAGUCUCAAAAGAAAUAGUGAUUUUUGUUUAAUUGAUUUUCAGAUUAAGACAAAAAUGUACUAUAACAUUUUUUAUACUCAAUCUCAUACUUCGCACGAAAAUUAGAAAAGUCAAAAUAGUCACGAGAAUAUUAAGUUGACUUAUACUUUGCAUGUUUCCUUUUUUUUUCCAAAACCAACUAGGAAAUCUCAAAAGUAUUUAAUCGGCUUCUAGGAUGAAAUUUAAGACACAAAAAUGUAAAGCGUCAUAAAGUGCGUGCGUUGCUGAGUUAAUAUCAAGUGACGUAAUGGUUAGAAGCCAAGUGUACGACGACAAGAAUGAGCAAAUCUGCACAUAACAACUUCUUCAGAAAUCAAAGAAUUUAUGCAAAUUAUCAAUAGGUGACAAUAGGUUUAUAGUCAAAAGUGUACAUUAAAUCUAAAGCUGGGUGCAAAGAGUUACUAGGUACAACCACAGUAUCAGAUUUAGAAAUACACGUGUAUAGGUUAUUAGAGAACACUAGAUCAAGGAUAUUACCAUAAAAGUUAGGUACAUUGUAUACUUGAAAAAAAUUAUGAAAUACAAAUAUUUCAAGAACGCAAAGUUUUUUAGGACCAGAGACAGAAUCCUAUGAGACCCUAUAGUUUUCAUUGGAAACUUAUGUCUGGAAGAUUAAAAUCUCCACAAAACAUGAAUACACAAUCGUAAUGAGUAGAGAUUGUAGUUUGGACCGCGGACAUAAAAGACUCAUAUAUGUGGAUAGGACUGUUAGGAAAGUUAUAGACGGAACAAACAACAAAAGCAACAUUAUUGAUUGUAAAUUUAACAAAUGCACGUUCGACAUUGUUUAUCGAUGUAGACAAUAACCUACAACAGAUGUCAUUAUAAAUAGCACCACCACCUCUACAGCAAUUAAUCGUUAAAUUGUUUCUAUCACACCGAAAAAUAAAGUAAUUAGACAAACCUAAUUCAUUAUCAUAGAAACUAUUAGCAAGCCAUAUUUCAAUUAGACAAACAAAAAUACAAUUAAAAACAGAAACAUUACAUUUAAAUAAAUUUAGUCUCGAUCUUAAACCUCUACAAUUUUAUUAGAAGCCAAAAAGUACAUUAGAGCUUACUUUUUCAAUUAGUUUUUUGGAAUCGAGCUCAGCGCCAUACCUGGUUUAAGAUGACCCCAAAAACUUUUCACGAUAACACCUUCAGGCCAAAAUUAUGGUUUAAUACCUCAUUUAGGAUUUAAAGAAGAAAUUCGAUAUGAAAUGAGGCAUAAGUUGGGUGCUUGGUUGAGUGAUGGUAGUGUUGUCAAAUGUAGGAAACAGUCGGAUUUGAGCAUCUCAUUUGUAACGAAUGGAUCUAAUUUUGAGACGAAUAUAUCCGAGUGUUUACAAAUAGGGGCGGCAGAAAUCUUUACAGCUGAGAUCUUACCAUCAGUUGGUUGGAUCGCUUGCAUUUUUUGGCAAGCCAACAAUAUCUUAUCCGAAUAUGAUUUAUUUGUCUAACCUUCUUAACCGACUUCCCACUAUAACGAUUAGUUAAAAAGUUAUUUUUCUUCCUCUUAGUCAUAAGGAUAUGAUAUAAUAAAUAAUAAUAAAAAUAUAAGAAUAUAAGAAUAUAAUAAUAAAUAUAUUUGAAAACAAAAAGGACCACAAGUCUUAAGUAUAAUAGCUAUAUAGUCUCAGGUGCAAAAUGUUUUUGUUAAAAAAAUCGAGUUAUUAUUAUAAUUUUUUUUUUUUUUUUUUUACUUUCAUGUUUUGGCAUAGUAUAAUAAUAUAAACUUAACUAUAAUUAUGAGAACAACUGACAACGUUAUUCAUUACGAAAAAAGUUUUGUCUACUUCAUUGUUUAUUUCCGUUUAAUGUACCUAUACUUAUAUUUUUAUCUUUUAUAAACUAGCACCAAGGCAAGCCCCAAAUUAUCCGAAACUUGUAUUUUUUGUCAUUAUUAUUAUUAUUUAAAUUAAUUUUAAAACUCUUUCCAAUGGAAACAUAUUAAUUAAAUGUAUAGUCGUAUUUAUUAUAAAUAUUAUACCUAGUUUAAAAACAUUUAGUUACACAAAAAUAUCUCAAUUCAUACGUACAAACACAAUAACAAAUAAUAUUUUUGAAAAACCGUGAAUUGUGGUAGUCGACAUUAAUCUGAUAGGUUUACAAAAACAACACAUAACAUUUUAUUUUAUUACGAACUCUUCUUUAUAACAACUUACAAUGAAUAAUAGAAGGAACGACAGUUAUGGUUAAAAUUAAAUUUUAUAUUAAAAUUAAUAAAUUGAGAACUGGAUAUAUCGUAAACGAAAAAAAAAUCUGAAUAUUAAAACUUGAAAGACACUACAGGAGGAUAUCUAACCUGAUUAAAAUGACAAUAAGCUUUAUCACAAUAUAAGAAGAGAAGUUCAAAUCGAUUGAAACGAUAAAAUGAAAAGGGAAGAGAUUAUGGUUCGCAUAAUAUUAUAAGCCGCAAGUGAACUAAUAUUUUUUUAUGUUUAGAAAAAAUCAAUCUAAACGACAACGAAUGAAAAGUACCUGAAAAUCUCACAGAAAUAAUUAAAUAUAGUAUCAAUACUAUUAAAUUUACACUGAAUAUAAAUGAAAUAUUGAUUUCAUAAAAAAAUCGUUCUUAUACAAAAAUGUGUUAAAAAAAUUUUUCUAUUCGAAUCUGUAAAAAAAAUGAUGUCAUCAAAAAAGAAAAUAGACUGUUAUACUUUGCACAAUGAGAACAGCCACUGCUGUUGGUGAAAAGUUGGGAACGUAGGAUAUGCAGGAUGAUAAAUUUAUCAUAAGAUUCAUUAUCUCAGAAAGUAAAUUAACUUGUUUCAAAAUUUGUUUAAAAAUAAAUUUUCGAAACAAGCAGCUCUACCAUUUUAUAUUUAUGUUAUCUGUAGUCACCCUUAUUUUUGGGAGUGAAAGUAAUGUCUACUUUUGAUUUUCAAAUGGCAACCUGUAUUAAAAAUUCCAUAAAUAGGUAGAGUAGUAGUUAAAAUAAAUGUUUGUAUUUAAAUUUUUAGUUUACGUCACUCCAUUAACGAGAUAUGUAACUUUUAAGAUUGGGUCAGGGGAGAGUAGUGGAGCAUCAUCUGUAUGGCGGCACGUUGCGUGACGUUUUUAGAAUGUUUCACUACUCCCCCCACCCAACCAAACUUUAAAAGUAGAAUAUCUCGUCAAUGGAUUGGCGUAAAUUAAUAAUUUAAACACCAAAAUUUAUUUAAACUACCAUUACAACUAUUUAUGGAAUUUUAAUAUAGGUUGCUAUUUAAUAAUCAACAUUAGUAGUAAUCAACAGUAAGUAGUCGUUUCACUCCCAAAAAUUAGAGUGACAAAAAAUAAUGUAAAUCAUAAAUGUAAUAACAGCUUGUUUCUUAAAUAUUCUUUAAAACAAAUUUCAAAAAUGUUAAUACUUUCCGAGAUAAUGACUGUCUUACGAUUAAUUUAUCAUCCCGUAGAAAGGAAAUUAAUUUGUAACUGUAAGCAACGAUAAACUAUUGCUUAAUAAAAAAGAUUUUGAGCGGAGUUCAGUUGAUAGUGAUGAAAAAAUAUUAACGUCAUAUUAUGGUAAAAUAAUUAAAUAGGCAUUAUACAUUUUUUUUAAUAAUUUUGUUUAAUAUUGUAACGAUUUGGUCGUUUUCCCUACGUUUUUCCCGGUUUUCUAAAAAAAAUGGCCUGUUUAAAGUACCUCCUUAGUCAGAUUUUCUUUUAGAAAAAUUACUAGCAUUGUAAAUCGGAGCAAAAUUCCUGGUAUAAAAGAUGUCCACAGAAAAAAAAUAUCAUAGUAUUUUACUAAUAUAUUCCGUACAUUUUCCGGGUUUUUCUUACUUUUUCACUUUUAUUAGGAGAACUGCCAAGAAAAACAAAAAAUAACCUCUUUAAAGUACCAGCCCGAGAAAAUUUUCGUUCAUAAAACAGUCUACAUUAUGUACAUCGGAGUAAACUUUCUGGUAGAAAAAGUUUUCAUAUAAAAAAAAAUAUCUUUAUAAAAUCAAUAGAUUCUUCGCUACACUCAGAAUGUAAAAGCAACUUUUAUUACUCUUGCAUUGCAAAGGGUUAAACAUCUUAAAAUAGGCUCAAACGCGUAUUUUAAUAUUUAAGUCUAUCCGGUUUAAAUAUUUCGUGUUUACCAUUUAAACGAAACUCACUGUGUAUAAGAAGUGUAAAAUGUGAAAAAAUCUACUAAUUUAACGAUGGUUUUCAUCGUCGACAAUAUUAUAGUCCUAUUUACCUAUGCAGGUUCGGCUCGAGGGUUAGUAAAUUUUAGCCAACAUCUAAGACUGCAUUUUUCAGUGGUGGAAUUUAAAAUUUUUAAAAUUUACAUGUAUAAGGUGCUGCAGAACUUAAGUUUGCUUAGGAGCGUUUAACCGCUCGAGCCGAGCCUAUAUCUAAGUAAAUUUUUACUGAGUCCUCUAUGAAUAAAUACCAAUUGCUAAAAUAUAAGUUUGGACAAACAGGAAAAUUAAUUUUCCGUACACGGUUGGAUUUUUAUGCUUCUCAAUUAGUAUACUCAGAUUUUGAUUUUCGGGACAUUUUUUUCCCUCGUCGCCCAGGGAAAACUGGAUGGUACAGUGAAUCAUAACAUAAAUAUUCAUACACAUACUGCAGUUCUGCGGUUAUUAUGUCUAAUAUUGUAUUGAUGCCUUUUAUAUCAUUAUAUACGGUUAUACAUCGUUAUCACAGAACUCGAAAAUAAAAUCAAUAUUAUUCUCUUCUAGCAAUGUCUUCAAAUCAUCAACAUGGCACCAAACUAGAAUAUAAUACUUUUUAAAUUUAAAAAAUAUGAUAAAAAUUCAUAGUGUUUAAAUUAUAUUUUUAACUCAGUAUGCCAAUGAUUCUCAACCGGAAUGGCAUGGACCUAGUGUACUCUGUGACACGAAAUCAUCGAAGAAAAAAAAUAAGAAAAUUGUUAAAAUUGUAUAGAAUAAUAUCGUAUUAUUGCCUUCGCCGUCAUAUAACCACUAACACCGUCGGAACAUCAUAAUAUUCCCUCCAAGGAAUGCUAUAAUUUCCUAUAAUUUCAAUGGACUAUGUAUUGGCAGGGUAACUCAGUGUUAGAUUAUUUUGAAUAAGAACACGAAUCAAUAAAGGUUGAGAACUAUUACGGUAUACCUAUUACAUACAACUUUUGGUGCGUAUAUAUUAUUUACCUAAUUCAAGAAAUAACUAAUCGUUUGUAAAAUUAAUAUCCCUUUUUGUUCAGAAUCUUAAUGCACCAACUGAUAUUUUAUUGAUUUCAACAAAUACUAGGCUUCAUUUAUUCACUUAAAAUCACUACAAUUACGAUUAUUACAAUAGAAACUAAAAAAAGCUUCUCUUAAAUAUCGACUAAAUUAGUAAUUGAAAAUUUAAAAUAAUUAAAUUAAAGUAUUGAUUAAAAUAUAACAAUUCAUUUGCCUAACUAAAGCUAAAAUUUAAAUUCAACCAUCAGAAUUUUACGGAACAUAAAAGAGAGGUGAGAAGUUGGGAAGAUAGAACUUAAUUUAGGUGAAAAAUUUAGGGAAAUGUAGAAAGAAAUCUAAUAUAGGUAUAUCUGUACGCAACGAUUAAUAUUUGCUAAUGAAAAAUGAUUUUCAUUGGAGUUAAGUUAUACAUGUUUUAAAAGGUCGUGAAAAUUAUAUAUUUUGUAAAUCUUCCCGUUUUUCCUACUUUUUUCUCUGGUUUUUCUCAGUUAUUAUGAAUACUCCUGGGAUAGUUAAAAAGUUCCACCAGAGUCAGAUUUCCUUUUAGAAAUAGUGCUAUACAUGAAAAUCGGAGCAAAAUUUCUGAUACAAAUGUUGUUCACGGAUAAAAAAAAAUCAUGUAAAGUAAUCAUUGUAAAACCAAUAUGUUCCUCAGAAACUAAAAUAUGAUUUAAAAUUCUUUAAUAAAAAAAAAAUAUUUUGGCCACUUAAUCUGAUUUUUCGAAUUUAUACGGUUCCACAUACUGAAAGUUGGUAUAAAACAGAAAAUCAGCAAUAAUAUUUUUAACAAGCAUAAAAAUAAAAUAAAAACAUAUGUGUGGUAUAUUUGAAAAAAAAAAGAUCUAAUCAAUACUUAAUAAAAUAUAUAUUAUUUAAUUCUUCAUAUUUGUAACAUUAUUUUUAUUAUUACAUAUUAAUCAAUUUAUUAUUAUUAUUUUUUUUUUUAAUAUGCAUUACUGUUUACCUAAUCAUUAAUAAUUAAUAUAGUUCUACUUUUAUAGGCGCACAAUCAACUAGUGGCUAUGCUAGAAAAGGACAAUUUUGUAGUGGAUGACACUCAAAAUAUAGCCGGCGAUGUGUCAUUACCAAUCAAAAAACUCCGUGAAAAAGACAUUCGGAUAAUUUUGGGGAAUUUCAACGAAACGUGGGCGAGAAAAGUAUUUUGUGAAGCCUACAGGUAAGCCAAUUUAAUAUUUUACAAUCAUAAUAUUCUAUAAAUAUUUAAUAUUUCUACUGACUAUAAUCAAAUAUAAAUAUACUUUGACUUAUUUUUAGGGUCGGUAUGGUCGGCGGAAAAUACCAAUGGCUUAUAAUGGGCACCUACAAUCCACUGUGGUGGGACGAAAAGACAUCACCUUGUCCCGUAGCACAUUUAAGCGCAGCUUUGGACGGAUGCAUACUUACAGAUUAUUUACCUCUGUCUACUACGGGAGAAAUCACCGUAUCCGGCAUAGUGAGUGAAAACUGCCUAUACGAACCUUGUACAAUAUAGGAUAUAGGUCAACGUUACCCAACCCUUGUAUUUCAACUUGAUUUUGGGUAGUCAUUUUUAAUUGGUCACCUCACCAUUUUAAAAGUUAAAAAAACAUGUUUUCAAAAUUAAAACAAGAUUAACUUUAUAAUGAUUUUAUUUUAUUUAAAAACGUAUCAAUAUUUAUAUUUAUGUAGGUAAAUAAUAGUAUACAACAUUAAGCACCGUUAAGCUAUACAUUUAUUUUAAAACGGAUCAUGUGGAACACGGAGUAUAUAUACACAACCGCUAGUAUAGAUAAUUAUUGAGAAACCAAAUAUUCUCUCAUAUUAUUCAUAUCAGUCAUAUUCCGUAGGGUGGUUAAAAUUAUAAUAAUCGCUUAUUUGAUUUCGGAACCAUAAUUAAUCAUAAGUAAAUGAAACUAAUCAACUUAAAAUUGUUGUAUUUCAGUCAUCAAAUAUUAAGCUAUUAUAAUAAAAUUAUUCCAUCUUCUAGAUUCUGAAUAAAACAAGAAAUCUAUUAGUUUUACAAAUAUGCGUGCUUUUUUCUUUUCUUUUUUUUUUUUUGUGUCUGUAGACAACUUUUUGAACAAAAUUCUUGGUUCAUUCAUUAACAUCAAGGGUGGUUUUUCUAUUAAAUUUUGCCUAGUUGUCACAAGGUUCGGCGAGAUUCCUAUAAAUACCCUUUAUUAAACAACGGAGAGAAAGGGCAUGACAAAAACGGGAAUAUUUAUGAAACAAAGGUUUCUAGUUCAUUUGGUUUUAUUUUUUUUUGUAAUUCAGUAAAAAUAUAUUAUAUUAGAACCUCAAUUUUUAUUAAAUACUUAUAUUAUCAUUUUAUAGACUUAAUAUAAUUUUUGAAAUAUUCUAACCGUUUAUUUUUAACAAUUUGGACAUUUCGAAUUUUUUCGAUUUUAUUUUGAUUCAUUUUUUUCAAUAUUUAGUAGGUAUUCGAAAAUUUGUUAUGAGAUGAUUUUUGUGUUAGAACCUUUGUUAUAUUUUUAUUUUGACGAACACAAAUGUAUUCAAUAUAAAAUAUAUAUAGGUCAAAUGUCUCGUAUUAACUCAAUAGCCAUUAUAUGUAAUUUGAUAAAUUAAACAAUUUUCAAAAUGGUUUUUCUUUUUAAGAACUUUCACAUUUCUGUGUGACUAUUUAUCCAAUACUAUAUAAUUAUUAUUAUCCUGAAUAAGCGAAAAUAUACCUGACAAUGACAGAAAACUCCCGAGAAACAUACGGAAAAAGUCGUCUUCCUCCGACCCGGCAAUCGCACGACGAUGCUAAUGACUGUGGAAAUCGUUUAGCUCCACCCAACCACCCACCCUCCCAUCCUCCUUCGUAACAGGAAAAAAACGACUGGUGUCACUCUCCACUCCUGAAACCGACGUCGGUGAUGCGUGUGAACACGACUGAUGAACGGAAGCGUUCACAAUACAAACGAACAAGACGUGCCAUCGGUGCUGAGUCUUUCGUCAAAAUUACCUUCCCAGUGCGGCACUUUGAUACAACGGUGAUCUGGUCUAAAGUUUUCCAUGGUCUGACAAAACACAGCCAUAUUGAACAGUACCUAAUAAGCAAUAAUUUCAGUCUAAAAAUAACUAGAACAUAAGCACAGCAUAUUAUCAUCUUGAACUUUUUAUCGAAUUUUCGAAAAUCGUUAAAGAACCAAACAAAUUUCAUCCAUAUUAAACCAUCAAAAGAAACUAAAAAAAAAACAACAUUUCAAAUGGCUAUAAUUUAUAAACUGCUCAAAAUUACCAGAAUAUUUUGAAUCACGUCUACAAGGUAUCCUACAGUGUUAUCCUUAUGUUAAUAAUUAUAUCAAUAUUUUUUUUUUUCAAUAAUUUCGUAGCAAUAUCAAUUUUAUUUCUAGAAAAUUGACAUGAAAACAAUUAAUAUUCAAAACAAGAUAUGAAAUUACCGAGCUGAGUAACUAUUAAUCGAAUAUGAAUGUAUGAUAGGUAUAGGUACAUUAAAAUGUUUAAAAUGAUAUAUUUACAAAAUAGUUAUAUUGAAAAUUUUAAAAAGUGAAAAAAUACAAUUUUUUUUUCAAUGAUUAAGAAAUGGAAAUAAGAACUUCGUUUUUCUCUACAUACUUGUCCCCUUUUCACAAAACCUAAUUGAAAAAAUUAAUGAAUAUUGGCAUAAGGAUUUAUAGGGCACCUGUAUAGAAAAAUGUAGGUAUUUUAUCAUUAUUUUUUAGAUUAAACUCUCUCUGCCUAAAGUUCUUUUUUUUAUAGAAAAGUUAAGUUAAGGGCAAAAAAUAUUUUCCUCUAUGCACGAGUAUGUGUUACAAAAUCCAAUCAGACACGGAUCCAGAACAAAGAUCUGAGGAGGGGGCAACUAUUUUUUUACAACACAAAUACAAUUAAAAUAUAAUAUAAUUCAUUAUACAUAUUUUCUCAUACAAUUAUCAUACAAAAGUAGGAGAAAUAAUAACUGGGAGGGUCUGGGCUCCUGGGCUCCCCUUGGAUCCGUUCCUGGAUCCUAUUGCACAAUUAAACAAAUUUAAAUAUUAAUACAGAUAUAAUAGUAUCAGUAAAACACAUUGAGAUAUCCUGUAUACAUAAUGUAGUAUGUAUACGUAUGGAAAGAGAAGGAGAAUACAAAUAAUAUCCCUCAUUGCAUGAAAUAUUCAAUUUACUGGGCAGAGAACACACCUAACUUACACUUAAUAAAUAUUAUAUUCACCGCUCGUGUAUGCAUAAUUCACAAAACGUUGGGUUUAUAUUCUUCAUUAAAUACAAUCAACUCCCGGGCCAUUGUAACUUAUUAACAAUGUAAUAUAACUUAUGAAAACUGACUAGAUUCAUCUGACUAUAUAUAAUAUAUAGGUAGGUACUUAACUGCAACUCGUGUAUAUUAACCAAACUUUAUGAAAUUUAUCUCGAUUUAGAUUAAGUAGGUACCUAUACAUAAUAUACUGAUAUAUUUCUAGCCCUACAUGACCUUAUAAACAAAUAAAUAAUAGAGGAGCCGGUCUUAAGUAUUUGGUAAAAUGUUCAUCAAUCCAUAUUUUCAUAUUUCUAUAUUAGUAAUUCUAUAAAUAGAUAUAGGUACUAGACAGUGUAUGUGUAUAUUAUAGAUAUUGAGUCACACUCGAUGAUAAAAAUAAAUUAGUAUUAAAUAAGUUAAAUCGUCAAUAAAAAAUGUAAAUAACUGACCACAUAAUAAACUUAUAUACUCUAUAAUUGGAUCUCUUAUCAUAAACUUCUCAUCUACAACAGUGGCCCACUCAUUGUGCGAAGUAUACGCGUUUGUUUAUUUUUUUUAUUUUUCGAAUUCCGUGAAAAUAGAGAUUACAUAAUCGCAAGUUAAUAUGUCUGAUAUCAUAUCAUUAUAAUUAUAACCAAGGUAUAUCUUAUUCCGCUACUUUUUAACACUUCUAAUGGCUCACUCUGAAUCAAAUGAUUUUAAAAUAGACACAUUGAAGUGGAAAUGGGAUACAUUUCAACAUUUUAUUACGAAAAGAGAUUAUUUUUUUUUUAAUUUUGAACGUGCAUUCAAAACCACCAAAUGACAGUCCAGGUCAUUUUGACGUGGCUGUUUUAGCGUGAGCUAUUUUGACGUGAAAUAUAAUUGUUUAUAUGUUUUUUUUUAAUAUAUUACCUGUUAUCACAAUUAACUUAAUACACUAAAAUUUCAGUUGUAAUCUGACUUUCGUUUGAAACAGUAGUUUACUGGCAUUAUAUCUUUUAUGGAACACCGUAGUCAAAUCGUGGAUUACAAAAGAUAUUGGCCUAUUCCAGUACGUAUUACUUCGGGAGUUCCUCAAGGGUCCCACUAAUAUUGUUUCUUAUUUUUGUUAAUAAAAUAAGUUUUCUUAAUUGCACUAAAUUAAUAUUUGCUGAGGAUAUGUAACUUCUAGUAUUCCUUACUAUUAACAAUCAAACGGAAGCUUGUUUACUUCAAUCUAACUAAAAUAUUCUCUAUGAUUGGUGUAUCAACAAUAAUUUUACUCUCAAAAUUGAUAAAUCCAAAGUAAUGGUUUUUUCUAAAGCUAGAGUUUUUUCAUAAUUUAAUUACAAUUUCAAUGGUGAGUCAGUUCCUCGGACUCUGGGACCUGUUAAGGACCUUGAUAUUUUCUUUGGUUCAAAACUUAAAUUUGACUGUCCCAAUUAUAAUAUGAUUAAUAGAUCAAACAAAAUAUUAGGUUCCAUUCAUUUUAAUUGUUCUGAUUUUCAUGAUAAACAUUUUUACGGAAGUGUUUUCCAAAAAAAAAAAAUAAUUUUGUUUUUAAUUUAAUAUUUUAUUAUUUAAAUAUCUUUUUUUUUCUACUGUAAUAUAGAUAAAAAAUAUUUUUACGAUAAGUAAACAUGCCCCGAUCUUGUCAAUCUGUUGGUACCUUUAAAUGAUACGAAAUUUCCGACCCGUAAUACUCGUACUUUACUUUAAACAAUAUUUUUAAAUUCCAAACUUCUUGUCCCUAGAUCCUUAUUUUUCUAAAAACACUUUGGGUUAGUAAAAAUGCUCUAAAUCAUCGUGUACAUUAAAAGAUGCGGAUUUUUCACCCAGCAGUAUUUUAUUUAAAAAUGUAUGUAGAUUGCCUUAAACAAUAAAUAGUCUGAUAACAUAAUAUAUGCGGCUACACCAAUUUCGUUUUUAUUAAAUUCAUUAUAUUCUAGAUUACUUUAACUAUAAUGAGAAAACACCUACCUAUCCUAACCUUACCAAGCUCAGCUCAGAAUAUAUACCAUUAUAAAGUAUAUCUUUUGAUUACUAUAAUACUUAUAUACUAAAAUAUUUACUUAAACUCGUAAUAGGUUGUAGGUAUAACAAUUUAAAACAUAAUUUGAAAGCAUAUAAGUUAUUAGUGCUCUAGGGGAAAAAGUUUACACGGAGUAUAGGAAGUAUAACCUCUUACACAACUAUAAUAGUAAUAAUAAUAUGUUCUAUAAAGUUUUCGUCUAACUCUCUUGACGAUACCUACCUGUCUUAUACCCGAAUUCACGUUGUACUAAAUAGUUACUAUAUACUGAUGUUAUAAUAAUAUAAUAUGAAUUCUUGGUUAAUAUUACAAUAAUAUUUUUCGUUAAAUAUGAAAACAAAAUACUAUGAUCGAAUAAUAAUAAUCAUAUUUUUCAAAUAGCAAUUUAUCAGUAAUUUGAAAAACUUUGAGUUUAUGGGGAAAAGAAGCACGGUGUCGACGUUGAUGAUAUGGUCGAUCUUUAUAUAGAUUGAACGGUUUUUUUCUUUUCUAAUUCAAAUUAUUAUUUUAAAAACCCAAACCGUUCUUAGUUAGAUAUAUUAUUAUAUAAUAUGUAGUUCAUAACAAUAAUAAUAUUUUCAAACAUCAUAAAUUGUGGAAGACUGGUUUUUAUGGUCUGAUGAACCAGGGCCCGAAAAUAUUAUUAUAACGUUAUAAACUUAAAACAGUUAAAAAAUAAUUAAAAUAGGUAAAGAAAAACGAUCAUUUAAAAUUAUCACUAAAUAAAAUGGUACAACAAAAGACAAUUUUGGUAAAACAAAAAACAAAAAAAAACGAUAAACUAAUAAUUAAAAUAAAAGGACAAACAUACUUCAAACGUGGUUACAGCCAUUUUGUAGGUAGAAAGUUAGGAAAGUAGGACACCAAUGGGAAUUUGAUGUAUAUAUGUAAGCAACAAUAAACCAUUGCUAAAGAAAAAACAAUUCUGAGCAGAUUAGUUCAGUUGAUAGUUUUGCUUUGUCAACAAUAUAUUAUUUAUCAUAUUAUAGUAAAAUAAUUACAACAAUAUGCCUUUCAAUGACAACAAUAAUUGUUUAAAAAUAAUUUAAAAUAAUAAAAAACAAAAAAUAAAUAAAAACUGUUGCUAAUGGCAACCUUAUUUUUAAUCUUAAACCUUUUUUUACAUAUAGAACCAGGCUUUCCUCAUUAUCUCGAAUAUCAAUGAGAAUUUCAUAAAAUGGCCUCUCUUAACAACACUUUCUUUCAGAAAAGAUGCUAUACUUGAUAAUCGGAGUAUGCUUUCUGGUAGGAAAAUUUUUCACAUAAAAAUACAAAUUACCAUCUUUGUAAAAUCAAUAAAAUCCUCGCUUCACUCGAAAUCUAAAAAAAAAAAAAAAAACAUAAAACGAAACUUAAUGGAAAACGAAAUGGAUCGUAAAACAAUAAGUGAUAGUAAAACGUUGUUUUUAAUUUCCAUAAAUCAUAGGCAAUAGGUACGUUUACAUAAUUAAUACAUUUUACAUUUAUAGUUUAUAGCGUUUAUACACGAUUUUAUGAAUUCAAGUCGAGAGCUAUUUUCGUUUUAUGCUGCCCGAGCGAUCGAGUUACCUCACUGGGUCAUUAAAAAUGACAGGCACACCUAAAAUGCAUUUGUUUUUCCCUUGUUACUUACUUGAUGUGAUUUUACACAACAAAUCUAGAUUUUGUUUUUUAAAGCAGUCCAAGAUAGCGUAACUAGUAGACUAUUAAAGAUGAGUCUUUUAAUCAUUUUUGAAUUUUUAAUGAAAAAUAUCAAUGAAGAUCGUGAACAUAUAAUAGUGAUGACCAUAAUAAACAUAAAUAAUUUUAUAAAAUAUCUAGCAGGUAGUCGCAAAUCGCAAUAACAAUAUUGAUAUACUUUCGUUAAAUAAAUUAAAUUUAAGAUAUGGAGUAAAAUAGAAAAGUACUAUAUAAAGUACGAAAAUAUAUUAUUCAUAUUUUUCCGAAUCGUGCAAUAUUUUUAACAAAGAUUUCAUUAAUCUUUUUCCAUUUAAAAUGAGUUCUUUUUAAAUUUCAGGUACUUACUUCUAGUUCAUUGGAAAUCGUUAAUUGGCGUUAAAUGUUGACUUCUCCACUCCGUUAACUCUUUCUACGUUAAAAACUACUGUUAAAUGACAAGCGACGAGACGGUUCUGCAAUGAAACGGUCUGUGGCGAAACGGUCACGUUGGAAUAUCCCAUAAUAUAACAUAUGUUAUAUUCAUUUUAAUUGAUAUUUGAUUUUUGAGUGAUUAAAUUUCCAGUAAAUUUAUUUAUUUUCUAACACCUAUAGGUAACAUUUUAAUUUUAAAUUACAUUAAACGUAAAAGUUAUGUAAUGUUUUAAAUCAAAAUUCCAUAAAAUGAAAAUGUUUUAUAACCUUUUGAAUCAAAAUUAUAGAUAAGCAUGCAAUCUGAGUGUCUAAAUUAUCUGAUUAUCUAGGUAUUCAAAUUCAUAUCCGGAUUUUUCGAACUAUCCGGAUUAUUCAUAUUGCUUUUAUAUUUGCUAUUCCAAUAUGAUAUAAUAUUUUUAUCUGGCCAGAUCACCCUAUUUUUUCAACCAACGCAAGACCGUAUCAUACAACUUAAAGUGAUAUCAUAUGACUAAUGAGUAAUGGCACAAAUAUCUACUAUAAUGUUAUGAUAUGCUUCAUAAAAUAAAUUCACUACGUAUAUGCAAUGUACUAAUAUGAGCUAAAGGACAUGUCUGGGCAUUUUAGAGGCCACGCGUUAAUUAAGCGAUCUGUGUUUCAUAACUCUCGAUAGCAGUAGAUAAACCAUUGAUUUUGACCACUUAAUCUGAUAAUGUAUAAACAUUAUUUGGACUAAAAUUCACUAACCAAGCAUACUGCACUUUUAUAAAAACCACCGUUCACGGGAUAUAGGCCCAUUAAAUUAAGUUGCGUAUAAUGUACAAAGCUCAACCAAAAAUGAAUCCGACAACAAAUAUGCCAAUUCCAACUAAAAUAAACGAAAAAGGACAAAUAAAUGUAGGCAGGUCCUACCUCUCAGUAUCAAAAAAAUAAGACUAAAAUGUUCCAGAAUCAUCUUUUCCAAACUCCGACACAGAAUUUAAGUCACCAAUUAAACCAAUCAAAACCAAAAAACACACCAGUCAAAAAUACAUUUUUCACUUCGACAAACCGUUAUGUAUUGUUAGAAAAUACCCAAACUGAAGGUAAUCAAACAAGUCAUAAUGAAUUACAGCAAUUAAUAGAAACUAGAAAUGUUAAUGAAAAAAUACAAUACCACCCGUAUUUAUUACAAAUAAUCGUUCUUUAUUCCUCCGACAAGACAUGAGAAUAUAAAAAUAAAAGUUAUUUUUGUUCGCAAAUAUAUUGAGACACGAGAGUAGACUUGGGUAAAUACACCGUUUAUGAAAAUUACUGUCACAAAUUAUAAGGAAUUGUCAACAAAUUUAUUUUAAUCAAAAAUAAAAUAAAACUAUCAUCUGUAAUAUAACUAUAAUAUAUUUACAUCUAAUUAAAUAAAAUAAGAAUUAAUACGAAAUAUUUGGCAUCAAUGCAUAAAAAACAGUACUAAAAGCAUCCAGAAAUAAGUUUGUCAGGAUAACAAGAUACAAAGUUGAAAAUUAGGACAAUCCCGCAUAAAACAGUACGCAUGGUCACCCUAAAGUAGUUGAAGUUUACUUAUAAUUUUUAAACAAAUUCUGAUAGUGUGUAGCGUACAUGGAGUAUACUUUAGAGGAAUAAAAUCGUUUUGACCUUAUAAGCGUAUAUCUAAUAUUUUAUUGUAAGGUGUAUCAACAUUUUUAGAAAUAAACUUAAUUUUUUUUUCAAAGUGUAGUUGAAAAUAAGUGCUUGCUAUUAAUCAAAAGUUUAGGUAUAAUAAGCAGAGGUAAAAAUGUGUAAACAUUAUCGAAAUAAAAUUAACAAAUUCAGUAAGGAUUAAAAAAUUAAAAUUAAAUAAAAUCAAGUUUAAUUAAGAUCUUCAAAUAGAACCAUUAAACAGCGUGAAACAAUCUCCUCGCUAAAAAAUUGACUAGCCAAAUAUGCAAUUAACAUUGAAAAAAAAGAGCUAAUUCUGGGGAUGGGUGCGGCCAUUGUUGUAGGUGAGAAGUUGGGAAGGUAAGAUACAUAAGGUUAUCUGUAAGCAACAAUAAACCAUUGCUGAUGAAAGAAGAUUCCGAGCGCAGUUCAGUAGUACAUAAUUUAACCAAGUUUCAAGUCUUUACGUGUAUUUAUAACUGAAUUACAGCAAAAAACUCCCAAAAAUUAACAUUCCUUAAAAGUUUAAAAGUAGCUUAAAAGUUUUGGCAAUGAUACCGUAAGAAAGUAAAUCAAAAAGUUAUCUUGUGAUUUUUCGAUUAAAUCAUUUUUUUCUUGUAGAAAAUAUCGUCCGUGUUUUUAUAAAAUAAUGUAAUCCUGAAAUUGUUUAUUUUCCUACAUUUUUUCCCACUUAAGUGCAUUUAUUAAAAAAAUGACCUCCUUUAAGUACUAUCUAGACAACUUGAGCUUUCAGAAAAGUUGCUACAUGUAAAAAUCGGAGCAAGUUUACUAAGAAAAAACGUCAUUCCUUAGAUGUAGUUAAAAAUAAUUUUCAAAACAUUCUUUCAAGUUCUGAGUUAUUUAUAAGUAUUAAUGUGCCCAAUAUUUAAAAUGUAACGUUAACUACUAGUAUUCAAAUUUACUAUGCGGGUAGAACCUCAAAUAAAUGUUUGUACAUUUUCAGUUAUAUUUUCUCUUUCUAUUAAAUAGUAUUUCGUUGGUGUAAAUAAUUGUAUAUAUUUUAUAUUUGUUUGAAAGCAAAUAAAACUGAUACGCGUUACAGAGUAUAAAUAUAAAAUCAAAUAUUAACAAUAUUAUUAUCAUCGAUAAAAUGACGUUGUUAUAAUAUCAUUAUUAUUUUAGAGGUAUACAUUAAUUUAUACAAUCUACACGUAGCAUCCAUUAUAAUAAUAUUAUAGGUAAUAGUACCCAUAUAAUACAUAAUAUUAUAUUAAACGUUCCGAACAUAAUCAAUCAUAUCAAAAACUUUUAUCAUUCCCUGAACUUUUAAAUAAUGUACAGUUGUUUAUGUUUGCGUGAAGUAUUAACGCAUAAAAUACUUAUCAUAUUGUUACACUGCAUGAUCCUAAAGUAUAGGUAUAUUUUAUUAUGACAGUAAUAUCAACAGUAGUAAAUAACGAGUAAAAUGUGUAAAUUGAUUGAAAUUCAAUAGCAUUUUAAUAUAAUACAAACAGUGUUAUGUUUUAUCUAGAUAAAAUAAUCACCCCAAGAGGUGAUUAUACAAUAUAUUUUUAAGUUUAUCUUAUCUGGAUAAAUGAGAAAUCAAUUAUCUAAGAUAAGCAAUUUAAUCAUCUGAAUAAAUCGUUUUAAAUCAUAAUUCAUAAGAGUGUGUAGUAGAAAUAAUACGUAAAACAAUAAAACUGAGUUAGUUUAGGUCAGGUUAUUAUUUAUUAAAUUACAUCAACACAUAACCUUUAUGCAAUUUAAAUGCAUACGAUAUGAUAGAUACGUAUGAUUGUAAAAUCUUACUACUUUAGCACCAUGUUUUAUAAUAAGUCGUACUGAUCGAAGUUAUCUUUUUAAUUUUAUCUAAAUGAAAAGUCGAAAAAAUUCUCUUAUCAUUUUCCUAACAACUAUAGCUGCUCUAGCAGGCAAAAGAGUUAAUUGUAUUAUAUUUAAUCAUGCAAAUUAUAAACCAUACAAAUAACAUUUUUUCACGUCAUGAAGACUAAACUCUAAAGGUUUAUGUCAUGAAAAUAAUUACUUCAUGAUAUAGAAACAAUAUUUAUGAUUUAUUUUUAAUAUUUUUCACAUUAUCAAACAAUUUAUGACGUCAAUAAAUAUUACAUAGGUUAAUCUAUAAAAUUUGCCUCCUUAAUAAAUUAACUAACCUUCAGAUUUACUCAAACAGAUUUGGCUAUUUGGUUUUUUUAUAUAAUAGCUAUGGGGUGCUUAUCUAUAUAAACUUUUUUGACUUAUUUUAUUUACAUGUAAAUACACGUGUUACUGUUUACGAAUUUAGGUUUUUGCACAAUAAUUUCGAAUAUUACGAUAAUACACCUCUACAUAACAUAGGUAGGUAAUAUCGAGAUAACUGAGUUUAAAAAAAUGUGUAAUUUAUAACCCGUGCAAAUUGUGCAGUAUGAAUUUUAUUGGAAAAUAUCAGUCAGUCAUUUGCUCCGAAUUUUGACAUAUUUAAUAAUACAACCACGUGCAAAUUAAUUUACGUCGCUUUUUUAAUAAAUCCUCCACCGUCGGUGAGAUCGAUCGAACGCAUUCGUUAGUGUCAAAAACGAGUCGUUUCGUGACAUCGCUAUGCGUCAGUUUUCGGAAGAAAAAAAAAUUAAUAAAAAGAAGUUUAAAAAAAAAACGAAAUGAAAAAAACGUCACUGUAUCAAUAUGAUAAUAUAAUAAUAAUGGUAUUUUAGUAUUGGUUUUAGCAUAGUAUCGGUCAAUGUAGUUUGACGUGGUGUGACUGACGGGCCUACCGGAGUCUUUACUUUUUAUACACAGUGCUGGUCUCAAAGUGGGAAAGUACUCGGGAGGACUUUUUCCAUGUAUUUUUACCAUUGCGCCUAUCUAUUUCAUAAAGGGCGGUAUGCUAUUUCGCAUAAUUUCGCAUUGUUAUAUUUACUAACGACCAACCACUCCCUCAAAAUUCUUAGAUUCUUUAACAUUGUCAAAAAUAUACAAAUAUACUAUAUAUUCUGUUUUACAAAUGAAUUGAUUGCUGAUAUAAGAUACCGACAUGUUUUAGGAAUAUUUGGAAUUUGAGUAAAAAAUCACUUUACGCGAUUUUUUUAAUUUUCAAAGGAAAUCUUUGUGUAAUAUUUUAUAAUCAGAUUUUAUUUUUUCUACUUUUUUUUUUCAAAUACAACAAUAAAUAAAAUCUAAACCGUAAAUUUGUCCGCAGACGUCCAAGGAAUAUCAGCAAGAGUAUGACAUGAGGCGUGAUAAUGAAUACUCAAGGUUUCACGGAUACACAUACGAUGGUUUGUGGACGGCCGCCCUGGCUAUCCAGGAAGUUGCUCGCAAAGUGCACCAAUCGUCGCGAGAUAAGGGCACGUUGAACCGGACCAUAGCUGACUUCCGGUACAGGGACCGAGAGUGGGAAGAUCUGUUUUUGGAAGCACUCCGACAAACUAGCUUCGAAGGAGUGACGGUAAAAAUAAUACUAAGACUAUUUUUCUGCAAGCAUUUCACGCAAAUGAUUUUCCGGGAUUAUAGGAAUUAUUGUUCGUGAAAGCCCUUAUACAAGAAUAUAGAUUUUUCUUUACCUCCUUCCAGUUAAUAUCUGCCGAUAUUCUUACAGUGCUAAAUAUAUUAAUUUGUACGUAAAGAUGAUUUUUUCCAUUUCGUUUUUUUUUUUACCUUAUUCCGUGAUCUAAUUAACUUAAAUUUCGUCUUGUGCACUCACUCAUACUUUCAAUAAUAAUACACGAGUCGAAAAUCUGAUUUUCAGUUUUCACUCCUUUCAUUCCGUUCACCAGUUUCACGUAUGAUUUUCGGGAGAAAAUUUCAAAAUAUGGAAAAACGCUUCACGUUUGAUCGUAUAUCCUCCAAUAUUUCAUUGUCAGAUUUUAUAUUUUUCCAAAGGUGUCAGGAAAAUGAUUUUGACCCUUUUUUCUUCUUUACUGGUCUUAACUAAUUAUUAAGACCAUACCACUACACAUAUUCACACCUUACACCUAUUUCUGUCUUUUACUAUUUUCCUCGAUUAGGUGUUUAGCUCCAUCAACUUUAUACCUCUCUUAAAAUAAUUAUUCCAUUUUAAUUGUGGUCUACUCAUAAACUUUCUUCUGAUAGGAUCAUUCUGAGACAUCUUUUUACUAUUAUUUACUUUUUAGUUCUUUUUAUAAGCAUAGCUUUAAUAUUUGUAUAAUUAUUAUUUUUUAUGUUUAUAUAUAUUAUAUAUAUAUACAGGCUGUCCCACGAAGAUAUACCCUUGAAUAUCUCUGAAGAUAAUAAAGAUGAUCAAUAGUCUAACCAUGUUACGCGAUAACAUCGGUUAGGUUAUUCCCUAGAUAACAUCGGUUUUUACACGGAUUAGUAGAAUUUAAAAUAGCUAUUACUUAGAAACUAUUCAUCGGAUAUAAAUGUGUGAUACAUUAAAAUUUUCAGAAAAAUAAUCUUUAUAGAAUUGUUAUCUUAACAUUUUCCGAAUAUUAAAAAAUAAAGUUAUCUUUUUUUGGUCCUCUUCCCUGUGAGUAGUAUAAAAAAACAAAAUAUCAUCUUUAUUAUCUUCGAAGAUAUUCAAAGAGUAUAUCUUCAUGGAAUGGCUUGUAUGUAAAAAAUCAGUGGCGUAUAUAGAAAUUAAUUUGAGGGGGGUUGUAAAAGCUUUUGGGUUUUAGUUAAUGCAUAAAUUAAACAAAUUCAUAAAUACGCACGUGUACCGUACCAACCAUAAAUUUCGGGGAGCUUUGAACCCCCAAAACCCUCUCCUAUAUACGCCACUGUAAAAAAAAAAUUCAUAUAAUACCGAAUAAAAUACCAUUUUAGGUUAGGUUGGUUAGGAAAAAUUACAUUUAAGCAAUUGAUUAAUAAUUCAAACGUACUUUGACGUGUAUAAUAUUUUAUGUAAUAUUAUAUUCUUGUGAUUUAACAUUAUUCCUAAUAUAAUGUCCGUAUUAAAAUAUCAAACGAUCGGUAUAAUAAUUAUAAAGACAUAAUAAUAUCCAAAUAAGAAAGAAAAAAACAACCCUAUAAAAAUCUAUAACUACCACUAGAUAUCACUUGAAUUGGAAAACGACUAUAAUUCGAAAUACAAAAUUUGUUUCAGGGUCCGGUGAGAUUUUACAAUAAUGAGAGAAAAGCCAGCAUAUUAUUGAAACAGUUUCAAGGUGAUUAAAAAUAAAUAUUAAAUUAUAUUUAUUCGUGACCUCUUUAAAUAUUUAGUCUUAAUAAUAAACAUUGCACAUAACUUGUAUAAAUCAUCGAGAAUACAGGUAAGUAACUAGUAUAAAUAUGAAGCUUUCUUGUUUAUAUAUUAUAGAGAUCAACAACCUAAAUAGCCGACUGUUUAAUAUAGUCUCAAGAUGAGAUAUGAAGUCAGCAAUCAAAUGGGUAUUAAUUACUAGACAAAUUUUGUUUACAAAUACCUUUAUACUAUAAUAUAUUAUUAUGGUAUUUUGUAAUAUUUGUUUAUGUCAUGAACAGUGUGAUAAUAUAGAAAAGAUUUGUGAUUAAGGGAUAAAAUGUUCUACAAUGUAGUAAAAUUUGAAAAUUAUUGUUAACAUUUUAGUAGACAGUUUAUUAAAGAUAAGACUUUUCCACUAAUAUUCUGCCCGAUAAAUAUUUAAGGGAAAAAGGCUAAGGUUGUUUUUUAUAAACGAAAAUGACUUCGAGAGAACAGGAAUAACUUAUUGUCAAUAUAAUAUUUUUCUACCGCUUUUUUUUUUAAUUAAUAAACAAUAUUUUGUAGAAUAUAAUCUGUAUAUAGACCGUUUUUAACUUUAAUUCUUCAUUUUAAUCAAAAUAACUAUAUUAAGAAGUUGGUAAAAAUAAAUUAAAAAUUACCUAUUAAAUUUAGAGCAUUGCAAAGAACGUAAUUUUUUUUUUGUAUGAUGUUUAUUUAUUUAUUUUUUUAAUUUUAAAAACAUUUUUUUAUACUAUGUAAAAAACCUCUACCAUAAAUCUUGCUCCAACAUAUCAAGAGCACCACCUUUUCUGAAAGAAAAUUUUAUCUAGUUAGUACUUUAAGGAAGUUAUUUUUUGAUUUCCCAAGCGGUUUUCAUAAUAAUUGGGGAAAAACGUCGGAACUAAUGAACAAAUUUAAAUAUUUAAUAUGUAUCGCGUAACGAUUUCAUGAUUUUAUAUUUUUGUAACUUAUGUUUCCCACCAGAAAUAUUGCUCCGAAAAAAAACAACAAGAUACCCUUUUAAGUGCAUUUUUAAUCUAGUUGGUGAUUAAGAAAAAUCGUUUUUUAAUUUCCUUUUUAAUUUUUUUAAUUAUUGAACAAACCGAAAAAAACGUAGAACGAACGAGAACAAUUGCGAAUAUAAUGCUCAUUUUAUUUUAAAUUUUGAUUUUUUUUUUUUUUUUUUGUAAUUCAAUUAAAAAUAUUUUUAUAGACUUGAUAUUUUAAAAAAAAACCCUUAUAACAGGUUUCUCUAAACAUGAAGAAAUUUUAAAAACAUUUAAGCCAUUACCAAGUAUUUGUAUUCAUUUUAAUUUAGCGAAUAUUUUACGUAAUUUUUAUUUGAUAGGUACAAUAUUAUAAGUUGUUCUUAGUGGUCAAUAAGAAAAAGUUGAGUUUAAUUUAGUUAUUUUUUAAUAAGAAUUUUAAUAUCAAAUUUUAACGAAAAUCGUAAACACUACAGUCUUUCAAAACAUAUAUAACCGAAAUUCGUUCUGAAUCGUUUUUCUUUAGCAAUGGUUAUCGUUGCUUUCGGAUAUAAACUAAAUAACUUAAUGUAUCUUAACUUUUUAACUUCACACCUUCAAGAGUAGCAUACCCGUCCCCAGUAUCAGUACUUAAGACUUAUUACCUAUAUAAAGUUUGAGAUACAAAUAUUGGAAAUCUAAAUUCAACAUAGUCUGUAAGAUGUCUUCCGCUUUCAAAAAAUAAAAUCAUCAACGAAAUCGAACCACCCUACGAGGUAUGAGAGAUAUUCCGUAAGGCCUGUUUUGAGUCAUAUAAAAUGUAUGCAAAAUAAUACCGUACAUUAUUUAGGUAAAAUAUUAGUAAAAUAAUUAUUAAAGUACUGUACAAUGUAGUUUUGACAUAAAAUCAGCCACCGAUUACUAAAAAAUAGUAUUAUCUGAUUAGUCUCAAAACGAGUAUUAUAAUAUAUGAAUUUUAUAACUAACAAUUGUGUGGUUUCACGAAAACUUCAGAUAAAUGUGUACUAUUGGCUUUAAAAUAUAGGUAUUAUUAUUUCUUCUACUUCUUUCUGUACUCUAAUCGCUAUUUCACUGCACCUAAUUUCUCCCGGUCAUAAAGAUUUUUGAUGACAGGUAAAAAAAGGUUGUAUUAUUUAAAUUUGUUUAUAAAACUGUCUAAAAGCUUUUAUUAUAACGAACAAAGAUCUAUAACAACGCAUUUCAAAGGUGAACAUAAAUACUUGCGGUGUACAAGAAAGAAAAAAAAAUAAACAUGUGUGGAAUUUCACUCCCAGUGGAGUGGCCGCGGUUUAAGUCUAAAAAUCUUAUACUAAGUUAUAUAUUCUUCGACGUAAGAGUCACCUAAUUUCUUGAAAGUUGUCGAAUAGUUAAAUUGCUACUGGAUUGGUGUGUUGACCAAGCCUUUUCUUAUGUUUGCGGGCAAACUUGGUAAUCUCGUCCUAGAUGGAGGUGAUCAUCAUAUCCUGGUGAUUAAUGUCGUUUCUGUCAUAUCGGUAUACUGCAAAAUUGGUACGGAAAGCGAUGUUCUGGCAACGUUGAAUAAUCUCAAUAUUGGACUUGCUGUUACAACCCCACACCUGAAUUCCAUAAAUCCAUAUCGGUUUAAUUGUCAUAACGUACAAAAGGCGUUUACUUGUGAGGUCUAGUUCGGAGUGUUUUCCGACCAGCAAAUAUAUCGGAUUUUCUUCUUAAUUUAGAGUUUCUUCUGACGAACAUGAUAUUUCCAGUUGAGCCAAAAAUCAAGAUGCAUGUCUAAAUAUUUUCCGAGUCGCUUUAUGGGAUGAUCUGCUGAUCUAGCAUUAUUGGUUUAUAAGCAGUUUUAUACAAUGUGUAAUCUACGUGCACCGAUUUUUCACUGUUAAUUUUGAUUUUUCAACGUUUCAUCCAGUUGGAAACGUUAAUUGACCUUUGGAACCAACCAGUCGUAGUCUGAUGGAUUUCAUUUAUUAUCAUUAUUACCGUGUCAUCAGCAAACAUGACUGUUAUUAAAUAAUUGUUGGUUAAAAUGUCCACUGUUUAAAGUAAGUACAGGAUUAGUCCAAGGACGCUUCCCUGUGAUACACCCGCUGAUAUCCGUUUUUUCAAUCAGUUAAUGCUUUUUCGGCCAUGUCCCUAUAGUAUUUAUAUAUAUAAACUUAUUUAUUUAUUUUUAUUUUAUAUUUUUUUUUUGGUAAAGGAAAGCUCGUAGGUGACCAUCGUUGAAAAUCGAUCACAUAUAUUUUAGUAAUUAAACGGGGAAAUACAUUAAUUUCCCAAUGUAUUAGAUUAUAACACACAAUAUUUAAUAUCAUAUCUCACUAAAUCGUACUUAACAGUUAAAUAGAGGUAUAUUGACAUAAUACACUAGCUAUUAAUUUCAUUCUGAAAUCAUCGUACAUAAAUACACGUCCCUUUUUAUCAUACUAUUAUUAUAUACCUAAGUUCUAAAUUAUUAAUAAUUAGAUACUUUAUAAACACCUAUUUUUGUUACUAUUACUUCUACAACUUCGUUUAGUAUGUAUAUCUAAUUUAAAUGUGAUUAUCAAAAGUCAUUGUAAUUUCUAAACUCGUUUUCAAAUUUGAUAAUAUAUUCUAUACAUAAAAUAUUCAUUGAAAUUAAAUAAUGCUUACUAACCGUUAAAAAUUUUAGGUUUGGUUACCAAAACAGAGACAAAAGAAUUACAAAAUCAUUACAUUUUCGUCUUUGGUAAAAAUCUACUGCAGCACCUACCCGAGUAUGUAAAUAUUUUAUUGACCAAAACGCUUAAAAACACAUCUAUAUAGUUAAUUUGAUGAUAAUAACGAUCUAAUCAAAAUUGUCAUGACCAAAUUGCAUAGGCACUCCCUCAAGCAAAAGUGCCCGGCAUUGCCCGUGUUAAAUUGUUAUUAAUUUUACCUUAAUUUCCGUUUUACUAUACCCGUAUCAAUAUAUUAAACGAAAAAAUAUAGGUGAAAAAUCGGUAGUCGGCAAACUAAAAGUGUCCUAGUGUCAUAAAUGUUUUCCUCCGUGUUACCAAAGAUACCCGCACAGCACAGACAUUAAACUAUAUAUAUCCACUAUAAUAACGCUAAAAUUAUGAGGACAUAAUAGUACUAUAGUGUUGUUAUUGUACCAAAAAACAAAUUGAUUCUAAGGUGACGUUUUACGUGUUUUCACUUUUCACUUACCAACCCAUUACAGCGCAUAGUUUUUUUGAUUUUUAAUCUAUGUUACUAAGAUAGUCCAUCCUAUUUCAAGUCAAUAAUAAACCGACAGACAGUCAGAUAGACUGUUUAUUUUAAGCUUUUAUAGUUAUUAUGGCAUUUUUAUUUAUUAUUUAUUUUUAUUUCAAAUUUUUUUCAUUUCAUCCGUGUUACUAAGGUGAUCCAUAAAUCAACAAAAAUAAUUUAAUUUUCGUCCCAAAAAUACUUAAAAACCUUUCAUGUUUUAUUUUCGCGACAAAAAGUAGCCUAAUAUGUUUUUCUCCCAUAUAUAGUGAUUGAUGAUACUAAAAUUCAUCAAAAUUGGAACACCGGUUUAGACGUAAAAUAAUAAUUAUUAUAAAUAUGUACAUAUAUGUAUAUAUAUGAAUAUAUAUAUAUAUAAUGAUAGACAUUUAUAGUUAAUAGUUAUAUAUAGUAUCUAGGUACUUACUUUAUUAAAAAUUCAAUUACGGUAAUAAUUUUAGUGUAGUUAACAAAAAUUUAUAAUAAUUAUUAUUUUUCCUCCGUCUAUACUUCUACCUUAACUCGAGGAAAGGUCCCUAAAAUCCCAAUUAACUAAAAUUUGAUCAUAUUUACAUAAUAAUAUUCUUAUCGUAAUUUUCACGGUAGCGUUCAACAAUUACACGACAUUAAAGUUUUUUAAUGUGUGAUGUUUAUUUUUAAUAUUAGUAAAUUUAUACUCCAUGGAUACCUAAGUUCAAGUAUUUAGUUAUUCAGUACAUGAAUAAGAAUAAAAUAAUAUAAUGGCAACUCUUGUGUGCGGUACUACGGAAAAGUGCUUCUGAAAGUAAUAACAACCAACCACUACAUAUUUUGAUUCUUCCAGUUGUUUCAUAUAUAUAUUUUCAAAACAUUAAUAAAUUAUAUUUAUGUAAAUAUAAUAUUAUUAAAUUAAAAUAAUAGGAAAAAACUUGAAUAAUAAUCAUGUAUAGAUAUUUCGCUUCGAAAACAAAAUAUACGAAAUUGAACUUACACCCGUAUUAGGCCGUGGUUGAACGGUAUAAACCAGAUCUUGCAAAUCACUCUUACAGAGUUGUAUCAGCCUAAUUGCGUAAUGAGUGCAUAAUAUAAUAUUUAUAAUUGAUUCACAAACCACAAUUAUUGUCUAGGGCAUUUUUAAAAUAAUGUAUAAUCAGCUGUUGUAUUCAGCGUGUUGGUGAUUAAGUUAAUCGAAUGAAUAUAUAGGUAAAUAUAUAGCGAAUACCAUAUGAACAAAGGAAUUCAAUGAGAAAUAGUCGUAUUAUUAGAUUAACGAGUGACCACUUACGUGCAAAAUCAUUACCGAUGAACGGAUAUUAUCCGUCAUUAUCUCGGUAAUUUUUAAUAAAAUUUCAACUCCCAGCGUGCGUCAUCGUUGCUUAGGUAUAUUAUUGAGGAGCUUUAUAGUGGUGAACCGGGUUAAUAGACACGGUUUAAUACGGCCGAAAACACUGCGAUGUAUAAAUACGAAGAGACGACAAAAUGUUAUCCAUUAAAACCUUGGCGUUUACCGUUAUACUUAACCACAGCCUACGACUUCGGUUAUAAUAAUAUUACUUACCCCAAUAUAAUUUAUACUCCGUCCGUGACAGACUAUAUUAAACUGCGAUUUCAGUUAAAGAUUUCGAAUCGUAUAAUAUUAUACAGAUGAUUGAAAACAUUAAACGUCGUAUCGUCGUGCCAGUUCUUUUCUAGUCAAUUUUUAUUUUCAUAAAAUUUACAGUUAUAGGUUAUAUACGAGGGCUAAUCAAAAAGUAUCAAGACUGGUAGUAUCGUUCGGAAAAGGAGCAUCGAAGAGCAGUAGGAUUGGUAUCACUUGCUUCUAUGACUUUUUCUAAGUACAUUUGUUUUUAUUGCUUCUCUAUAAAAUUCUUCGGUUUGAUUUCACUGAUAUUUUUGUAAAAUAUAUUUUUCGAGUUUAGCGAUUUUGUAAUAAACCCAAAAGAAGAGUAACUUGACAGAUUUGGAGAUUUUAGAAAAUUUGUCUGCAUUUUUUUCCAGUUUCAGAGGGAUGCAACAUUUCAUGGUUUUUGCCAUUAAAUGUCAAUUGAAAAACUGAAAAUGUGCCCUCGAGUGGCAGCGAGUUACGCUUCUUUUAGAUUCAUUACGAAAUCGCAAAACGUGAAAAACAAAUUUUAGAAAAAUAUCGUCAAAUCAAAACGAAGAAGUUUAUAGAGAUUUUAUACGAAUAGAUGUGCUCAGUAUAAGUCAUAGAAGCUAGGUUUACAAAUCGUUUUGCUCUUCAACGCUCGGUUUCCGAGUAAAAUAUUACUCAUAUCAGUCUCGAAACUUUUUGAUUAGCCCUCGUAUACAGGAGUAUAUAUAAUUAACAUGUUAUAUUUUAUCAUGAUUCAGCUUUUUUCUUGAAAAAUCUUAAUUAAACUUGAUUUUAUUUUAUUUUUAUUUUUUAAUCCUUACAGAAUUUUUUAAUUUCAUUUCGAUAAUUUUUACACAUUUUUACCAUGCGUCCUGUUUUUCAGCCUUGUAUCUUGUUAUCCUGCCAAACUUCUUUCUUGAUGAAAAAAAUAAACCUGCAUAAUUUAUAAAUUGUACGUAUAAAAUAAUUAACUAACAAUUGUUGUGAAAAUGGUUAGUUAAACGUGGAAUAUCUGAAUACCUAAAAUAUAGCGAGUUCAAUAUAAUUUUGAUGAUAUACACAUCGGCGGUGUUACGACGUCGCGACGCGUCGUUAGAAUAAUAAUAUUUUACAAUAUUCAAAUAUUUUAAAUAGUUUUAGAGUUUUAGAGUUUUAGUUUUAAAGAGUUUUAGUAUACUAAUAGCUUUGAUAUUAUUCUAAUUAAAAUACUACUUUAAUGAAAAUUAUACCCAGCACAGAACAAUAAUUGUUAGUAUGUUUAUACGAUUUUGAUGUUUAAAUAACACAAUAUGUUAUUAUUUUGGCUAAAUCGUGUAGAAUCGCAAAAAAGUGAUGAAUUUGUAUUUAUAUUUAAGAACCCUGUUCUUGGCUUUUUUGUUAAUCAAAUUGCUAACAAAAAUAUUUAAAAAUUUACAAUUAACAAGACUUAACAAUUGUAAACAAAUAAUACAAUUAGUUAUUAUUUGUACAAGUGUCUGGGCGAGACCAAUUUCCUACUCAAAACAUGGUUUACAAGAAAACUUUCAUGUAUAUUUGUAGAUUGAUCCAAAUUCGAUUUUUUUAAAAUAAAGAUAAAUACUGCAGUGGAGUUCUAAUUAUGUCACCAAAAAUUAAUAAAAAAUAAAUUAGUUUUAAAAAAUGUUUAAAAUUAUUCAUUUUCGGCUUUAUUUAGUAAUAUAAGUGUAGGUAAUACUAUACAAAAUAGGACGAUACUUUGCCAACCAUACUUUCUGAAUCUAUCUUGUAACGUAUUACACGAAAAAUAUGAUGAAUUCAUUGCAAACAGAGCCCGAUUUAGGGUUAUGGGGCCCGGAGUGGUGGGGCUAAAGACGAAUAAGCAAAAAAAAGGUCAUCAACAAAUCACACAUUGUGUGGCUCUUUCCAACUUGCAACCCGAAGAGAGGGUACAGCCUCCUUAAGCCUCAUCCCCUUAAUACAGCCAUCAUUGCAAAUAAAUGUACGAUGAUAUAAUACUUUAAAUAAUGAUAGUCAAUUUUUGUCUUUUAUUAAUAAUUUUAUUCAUCGUUGUAAUAAUCCAUUGAAAAUAAAACUUUUUAAAUUCUGUAGACGUUUUACGAGAUUUAAUGUUAAUUUUUAAGAAUGGAAUAUUGCAAACGUCAUAAAACAUACACAGUCUACAUUUUAAAGAGCUCUCGGUCUGUAAUCUGUAUACAGUCACAUAUAAGUAUUGAACGAACCCCUAUCUAUACUACGCAGUAACACUAUUAAUCUUUAUGUAUUAUAUUCUAUAUCAAAUAUAAAAAAAUAUAUUUUCCUUUGAAAAGGAGGCUAUUGGCAGUAUAUUACACAUGAAAUCUUCUCCGAAGUAUAUUAUAUACUUUUUAUUAGUUAAUUUUUGUAACUAUUAUCUUUAGUGAGGUAACACAAAUCUGGAUAAACUAAAAAUCUAAAAAAUUUAAUUUCAGCUAGAUUCAAUUUUAAAUUUUAAAAUUGAAAAGUUUGAUUAUUUAAAAGCUAUUACAUAUAUUAUAUUAUAAUUGUUUGUUUUUAUAUUUAAAAAGGUAAAAAAAAUAAGUACAGGUACAGCCACCGGUGUAGGUGAGAAAUUAGAAGGGUAGGAUACAAACCGGAGUUUUAAUGUUUAUCUGUAAGCAACGAUAAACUAUUGUUUACGAAAAAACGAUUCUGAGCGGAGUUCAGUUGACAGUGGUGCUUUGUCAACAAUAUAUAUGCUAUUUUGUAUUGAAAUAAUUAAAUCGGAUUUAUACAUUUUCUUUAAUCAAGUUUGAUUAAUUUUGUACCAAUUUUUCUGUUUUUCCUGGUUUUCUCAUGUUUUAUCCCGAUUUUUCACAUUUGCUAGAAAAACUCUUGGGAAAUUCGAAAAAAAACCUCUUUAGAUAACCUCCCCACUCCAAUUUCCUUUCAGAAAAAGUGAUACGCGUAGAAAUCCGAGCAAGUCUUCUGGUAGAGAAGUUGCGCACAGAUAAAAAAAAAUAAAUAAACAUCUUUGUCAAACAAUAAGCUUCUUCACUCCACUCAGAAUCCAAAAGAUGAAGUUAAUUAUUUUUAAAUACAGUAACAGAUUAAGAAGUCACCCAAAGAAAGGGGCGAAUUUUCAAAAAUGAAAUUACUUUUAAGAUUUUGAGUGGAGCGAAAGAAACUUAUGAUUUUACAAAGAUGUUUAUUUUUUGUUUUUUUUUUAUCUAUGCGCAACUUCUUUACCAGAAGCUUGCUCAGAUUUCUAAGUGUAGUUCGUUUUCUGAAAGGAAAUCGGUGUUGAGAGGUACUUUUAGAGCAUUUUUAGAUUUUCUUGAGAGUUUUUUCAACAAAUUUGAAAAACCGAAAAAACCGGGAAAUAUGCGAAAUAUAUUACUAAAAUUACUUAUUUUUUUUCUUGUGCGCAAAUUUUCUACCAGACAUUUUGCUCCAACUUUUAAUAAUAGCAAUGUUUUUAAAAAAAAAUCUCACUAGGGAGAGAGAUAAUUUUUCGAUUUGCUCAGGGUUUUCCCUGCAAAUGGGAAAAACCGUUAUAAAACAUGGGAAAAUCUGGAAAAACGUAGUGAAACCAGGGAACUCGGUACAAAAUUAAAUAAUUAUUUUUAAAUAAAUCAUAUAGAUCCUAUUUAAUUAUUUUUUUAUUAUAUGGCAUACAUAUUGUUGAUAAAGCAUUCACUAUCAACUGAACUCCGCUCAGAAUCGUUUUUUAAUAAGGAAUGGUAAAUCAAUAUUUACAGAUAUGCGUUAAAUUAUAUAUAGAAGUGACUGCACCUGUCCCCAGUCUUAUCCUAAGACGUAUUUCUUCUUUUUAACCUGUAUUGGAGGUUAAUUUGUAUUAUUUCUAUGAAUUCAUAAGAUAAAUGGUAUACAAGUAUACGACUAUACGAAUGAACAAGUCGUAUAAUAUAUUAUUAAGAUAUAGGUACGUAUAUAUAAUAUCAUUGGUUUUAUGAAAUACAGAUAAGAUAAUGUGUGUUCUGCUGUUUCCCAAUAUUUUCUGUGACAGUUAAUAAUUUAUUAUUAGCGAUUGAACGAUUUCCGGUGAUACGCAUUUAGAUAAUCCGAAUUAUAAGAAUCAAAUAAAAAUUAAAAAUAAGUCUGAAAUUUAAAAAUGACUAAUUAUUUAUUUAGAAAUUAUAAGACAAAGUAAAUUUUUCUAUUUUAUAAGUGUUUUUCGUUAGUUAUAAAUUAGUCAAUAAGUUAAUAAGUUAAUUUCCACUUAUCUUCCUUUUUUUAUAAAUUUAAACCACUCAAAACUGCAGAUUAUAAACAAAGACCACUAUAACGAAUAACGAUAAUACGUGUUAUUAUCGUUGAAACACGUUUAAUUAAAACAGGAAUAACGUAUUUUUUUUUUUUUACUAAUACUAGUAUUCAACAAUUUUAACAAAGGUUCAUUAUUAUAAGUUGUACCAAGUUAAAAAAAAAUGCGAAUAUUCUUGUGAGCUAAUGUAGUUCGUAGUUUAUUUUUAUAAAAGUUAUGAAUUGAAAUCAAUAAAAUCAAAUUAAAAUUAAUUUUGUAAUUUCAAAAUUUGAAGUGUAUGAUCGUAGUAUAGUCCAAAUUUUCGAAUAAUAAAUAUUAGAAAAUGUAUUACCUACCUACAGUUCUAUAAAACGUGUGCCAAUACCAAAUAAACACUGAUACAAUCGUUAGAUAAUUCGCAAUAAUAAAUAGUAAUAGAUAUUUUCUGGUACCAAGAGAAACUUACCACGGCACUCAAAUGGGUCAACAAUUUUUUCAAAAAUUUAAAACUUAUGCGAGAAUAUAUAGUUUAGAGUGUGAUGGUUCUUAAAUUCGUAACCCAAAAUUGAUUGCUAUGAUAACUAAUGAUUUUACAAAUUCAUACUUACAGCAUACUGAGUAUAACUAUUGUUAGCAAUAUAGAUUGCUCGUCCAAAAUAUAUUGAUUUCCUAUAAAAUGCUAUCCACGCCAAUAUAUAGGCCUGGCGAGAGGGAGGGACAGCCUGGGCUGUAGCUCUAAGGUCUCAAAGAGGAUUCGGACCUGAUUGCUUUGAUCAUAUAUUUUACCUAAUUCUUACAUUAACAUAAAAAUAAUUUGUAGUUUAAUUUCAUAAUAUUUCACUUAAAAAAUCUAUACAUAUUAUAUUAAAAAUUAAAUGUUAAUAAUAUAAUAAUUACUAUGUACCAUAUUUAUGUGUUAGUGGUUUUUGCUUAAACCUUAUUUUUGUUGUAGACAUUUUAAAGGACAAUAAUUGGCGUUAAUAGAAGGUUAAAUAUUUAACACAUUGGGAAGGAUAAGUUUGUCCUUGGGGCCCUUAAUUUUUCUCCACAGUCUAAUCUACAACUAGGAUUAGGUAAGACUGACCAGGCCAAGGGCAUAUCAUAUCAGGAAAAGGGGCAAAAUCCGGAAUUCAUACUAAAUAAAAAUAUACAUUUUUAAAAGGAAUUAGAUCAUGUUGAGUAUGAGAACGGAAAUUUGUGUAUAGCCAGAGGCGCUUAAAAGCAUUGUUAUGGUUCUGCCGGUGUAACCGAUUAUAAAUCUGAUGUUUACUCCGUGGACUUAUCAAUUAACAUCGUCAAUGUGAAAACCGAGAAUUUUCACUUGACGAAUAAACCGUUUCUAACAAAUUAAUUUCUAUGUUUUAUUAUGAAUAAUAAUAUAAUUGGUUUAGUAAACAUUUACAUUUGGUUAUUUAAAUUUUAAAUAUUCAACAGACAUCUGUUUUUGUCAAGUAUAUAAUAUGUAUAUUAUUUUAAAAUUUCCAUUACCGUUAUAAUUUUCCAAAGUUAAUUUAAUGUAAAGAAUAAAUUCACUGUCUCAAUUAACCCACCAAAUUCACUCAGGCGACUGUUAUUUUAAUGUACCUAGGUACCUGUGUAUCUCUAUUACGCUUGUUUAUACAUCAGUUCAUUGAAAAAUGAGUCAUCAAGCAACUCGUCAAAUUAAGAAUAAAUAAUUUUUGUAAAAACACAUAUAUUAAAUUUAAAUCUAAGCUAAAUUAUAAUAAUCCUAUUUCUUAGUAUAUGGUUUAUGAGGAGCGGUUAUUUUUAAUUAGAUGUUUAAAUUUUAAAAUAAUAUUAAACAAACUUAAACAAUAAAUAUUCAUUUAUUUCAAAUUACUCUAUAACUAGAUAUCUAUCCUACGUUUUCCAAACUUCCCAACUCUAACAGUAGUAUAUACUACUCAUAGUACAAAGUAUUAUGUCUUCCUUUUCUUUUUUAUGAACAUUAAAAUAAACGAUUCCUUUUCGGAAUAAUUCAAUAAGAUUAUGAUAACUAUUAACUUUGAAUAAAGUUUACACAAGUAUCAAUGGUUAUUAAUUAAAACUCAUCUAGAUACCACAAAUAAAAUGGUUAGUUUUAGAUACUGUUUGGUGUGGAGCAAAGAAGCUUAUUAUUUUACAACGAUGUGUAUUUUUUUUUAUCGGUGCGCAACUUUUCUGCCAGAAGACUUACUUUAACUUAUGAUGACAGAAAUUUUCUAAAAGGAAAUUUUACUAGAGAGGUACUUUAGAUCAAUUUUUCUAUUUGCUCAUCAAAUUUGAAAAACCGAAAAAAAUAACGGGAAAAUAUAAGAAAUUUAAGUGUUAUUUAAAAUAUAUUACAGCCUUCUUUUUUUCUGUGCACAACAUUUCUACCAACAAUUUUGCUCCAGCUUAUAAUGAUAGCAAUGUUUUUAGAAAUACAUUUCACUAGGGAGGUACCUUAAAAAAGUCAUUUUUCGAUUAUCUUAAGAGUUUUCCCAACAAAUAUGAAAAACCGUGAUAAAACAUGGGAAAAACGUAGAAAAACUGGGAAAUCAAUACAACAUUAAAUAAAUAUUAUUAAAGAAAGUAUAUAAAUCCUAUUUAAUGAUUUUACUAUAAAAUGACAUAUACAUGAUCAAUGUAUCAAUAUCAACUUUUCGACCAAACAUAUUUUUCUGACAAUUAACUUUCUGGUAAGGAAUUUUGUCUAAUUGCUGCAUUGCGUACAACAACUUUCUUACGAAUAAAAAUAAUAAUAAUAAUAGUAAUACUUUACUCCACUGUAACACGGAAAGUCUGUCUGAACCACAUAAAGACUAAUUAUUAUUUAUUUCACUGACUUGGUAGAACAAUAACAACCCCGGCUCUGUAUAAUGGAAACUAUAAAAACAUUAAACACAGAGGUCUACAUAACGUACAUAACUUUGCGAGUUUUGUACGUAAUUUUUAUUCGGUAGGUACUCAGUGGUAAAAUUGUUAGACUUGAACAGAAAUGAUUAAAAACUUAACAGGAAUUUCAUUAGAAAUUUAACUUUGUAGUUAAAAAAAACGAAUUAAGUUUAAUAUUGUAUUUUUUUUUUUUUUCAUAAUGGAAUUUUAAUAUUCAAUUUCGACGAAAAUCGUUUGAGUAAAAAAUUAUGUGAAAUAAAUCUAAUUUAUCAAUUUUUUUUUUUUUUUUUUUAAACAUAUGUAUAUUGCCCAUUUAAAAACGAUGGAAAAGUCAAAAUUAAGCAGACUGACUAAGAUUCGAAAUUAUAUUUUUUUGAAGUUCUGAUAUUAUGUGGAUAUUAUAAUAUGUUAUGUUAAAUAACUCUAUAUUGUAUCUAUUCAAGCAUAUUUGUCAUGAUCUAAUGGUUAUUUAUGCCUAGAGGUUCCGAGUUCAAACCAUUGUUUCGUAAAAAAAUUGUUUGCAUUUUUUUCCUUUUACCUAAACAAGAAAAAAACAAACGCAUUUUAGGUAUACCUAGAGACCCAAGCUAUCACUCGCUCGGACUAUUUCAAUCGCAAAAUACCCCUCGAUUUUUUUGUGCAAACUUUUCUACCAGCAAUUUCUUUCCGAUUUAAAAAUGACAGCACUUUUUCUGAAAGGAAAUCUGACUGGAAAGGUACUUUAAGGAGGUCAUUUUUCGAUUUUUCCAAGAGUUUUCUCAGCAAAUGUGGAAAACCGGGAAAAAACGUGGGAAAACCGGGAAAACGUAGGAAAAACGGAAAAAUCGGUACAACAUUAAACAAAUAUUGUUAAAAAAAAUAUAUAAUGCAUAUUUAAUUAUUUUACUAUAAUAUGACAUAUAUUGUUGACAAAAAAAUCACUAUCAAUUUAACCCAGCUCAGAAUUAUUUUUCGUCAGCAAUGGUUUAUCAUUGCUUACAGAUAUAUAUUAAAUUCCUUUCUGUAUCUUACCUUUCCAACUUCCUACCUACAAAAGUGGCUACAACCCACAUGUGAAGUAUGUCGUCUUUUAUUUUAUUUUCCUUGUAGAUUUCUUAAUAAAGUCUAAUAACAAUUUAUUAUAUAAUUUUUGUUGAUUUCUGUGUUACCUUGAUAACAAGAGAAAAAAUACAAUCAAUAAUAUUCUGCUCAGAAUCGUUUUUCGAUAGAAUUGGUUUAUCGUUAUAUACAAAUAUAAAUUAAAUUACUCUAUAUAUAUUCUUUCUUCCAACUUCUAUCCUAAACCAGAGGCACACCAACAGCAGUAUAAGCUUAGUAUUUAAAUGUAUGCAUUAAGUAAUUUAUCUACUAGACACUCCCCUUAAGAGAUUUCUGGCUACUAUACAUAGGUAUACACUUACCUACUUAAGAAAAUUAAAUUUUGAUUUUACUUCCAGGAGAUAAAGAAGUGAAGAUCGGCGAGUAUAACGGAGUGACGGGCACGUUAGAUUUGAGCGUUGGCGAAGAGGUGAAGUGGAGAGCUGGCGGCAAAGGUCCACCCAAAGAUCGGACGCUUACUAUUUAUGAAGACUCUCAUGUGAAUGUUGGAGUUUACAUAGGACUUGCCGUCGCUGCGGUCAUUGGUAUCAUCUUUGCCACCGCGUUCCUUAUUGUCAACAUCCGGUAUAGAGACCAAAAGUAAGUGUUACCAAAAACACCAAUUCGUAAACACAAUCCUCUAAUCAAACCAACAUAGACAAAUAUUGACUGGUUAGGGAACUACCCUCCACCCCAAAAAUAAUCAUCCAAGAUUUUUUAGCGGAACCUUAGAAUUAAGUAUUGACAGUCUUAUAUUUAAUAACUUUCUUUUUGCUUUAUGGUGGGGCCCCAGGUAAAAAUAUUCAAAAUUCAAAAUAUCCUAUUCAAAAUUUAAAAACUAAUGGUUCAAUUUAGUAUAGUUAUUGGCAAUUAAAAUCAAAAAAGUACAUUGAUGACAUAUCACAGGGCUACAUAAAAUUAUUAAAAGAAUGUGAAUUUUUUCCUCAAGUAAAAAAAUGUAUACUAAUAUACUUUACGUUACCACCUACAACUUACACUGAAGAAAAAUCUUUCAGCACUUUGUGCAGUCAAGAUAUAGCUAAGGUCAGCAAUAAAUGAGGAAAGGCCUAAUGGACUAUGCAGUGUUUAUAGGGAAAAAAUUGACGAUGAAGAAACACAACCUGAAUUUAUUGACAAUGUUAUAAAAAAUUUUGGUCUUAUAAAAAGAAACUAACAAUUUUUAUUUCCACAUCAAUAGGUAUUUCAUAUUAUAAUAAUAUUUAUUUUUAUAUUUUAUUACAGUAUAAUUUAUUGAUUUCAGAAAUUAAUCGUAUUUUUAAAGCUAAUGUUUACACAAUUACAUACUCUUUCUUCCUCAUUCCUUUUCAAGAAAUACCAAUACCUAGUAUCUAUAUUUAUAUGCUAUAAAUAGGUUUUGGAAUCAUUAAUUAAUUUGGUUUAAUUUUGUCUCUCCCCUGAAAACUACCCUAUGGACGCCCAUCAGUGGUGUAUUUAAAGGAGGGCGAUGAGGCGAUCGCCCCCUUACCAAUUAAUUUGUGUAGGUAUUUGCUAUAUACAUAUAUACAAAAAUUUAAUAUUGCUAGAAAAGUGUCAUCAGAUACAAAAAUAAAAACACUUCAUGGUAAGAUAAAUAGGGUAGAAUAUAUAUAAGCUUGUGUUUAUACCUUGUGUAUAAUAAUUUUAGUGCCCCCCCCCCCUAUAAGACUAUAAGACUAAGUCAAGAAGGCCACUGGCGCCCAUGUCUGUAGAUAAAUUGUAAAACACAACAAAAGUGCCCGAAAAUUGUAUGGAGGUUCAUUAUAAGUCGUGCAUAGUGGUCAAAAAAAAAAUUUAGUUUAAUGUAGUAUUUUCAAUUUUUAAUAAGAAUUUUAAAAUCAAAUUUUAACAAAAAUCGUAAAUAUUAUGUCCUUUCAAAAUAUGUAUUACCGAACUUUGCUGUGAAUCAUUUUUCGUUAUUAAUGGUUUAUCUUUGAUUACAAAAAUUUUAAUUAAAUAACUCAAUAUAUCCUAUCUUCCCUACAAAACCACCCCCACAUUACCACACCCAUCCCCAGUAUCAGAACUAUAUAUAUAUAUUUUAAAAUAUAUUCUUUAUAAUCAAUAAAUUAAAAUUAUUAAUAGUGCAUAUUAAACUGAAAGUUAGAAGAUAAUUUGUGGUUUUAGGUAUUCCAUUUAAAUCUUCUAGUGUUAAAAAUAUUGUGAUGUGCAUAUGAUGCAUAUGACCCGAUCAUUUAACGAUGCACUUAUUGUUUUAUGAAAAAGAUUAAAAAAUCAAUAGUGAUGUGUAAAUGAUAAACGCCCGAUAAUUUAUAAUAAUGUGGUCUUCACUUGUAACAGUUUAUUUGUCAAUGCCUUUUUUUUAUUUUUUGUGAUCCCAUCAGUCCGGGGACUCGCUUAAUUAUUUUAAGCAAGUAAAUGAAAAAUAAUAACAUUCAAUGUUAUAUUCAUUGUAACAACUCGCGGUGGUAGCCACGAUGCACUCGGGACUUCGUAAUGACGUAUUUAUGUAGGCAGUGAAUACGGGAAAACAAUUGCCUCGAACGACCGUGUGACCCUUUUCAAAGGAAGACAGCGGUGGUUAAAUUGCAUAUGGAUAUAAACCUGUAUACGUAUAUACCUACCAAAACUGUCGUAUCCCUUUCCAAAUUAUUUUCCGAGCGGAAUUCAAAUAGAAAUACUUGAUUUAGUAUAUACGACGUGUUAUCAUGAUUCAGCUAUUUUCUUGGAGGAUUUUAAGUAAAUUUGAUUUCUGUUUAUUUUUAUUUUUUUAAUCGUUCCGGAUUUCUUUAUUUUUACAACUAUUUUUCAAAAUAUUUGUAUGCCUACUCCUUAUACCUUAAAUAAGUAUUCACUUUUGAUUUUCAAAUUACAACCCUUUUUUGAAUCUCCUUGUCUACUCUUUUUUCAAUUCAGAUUCGAAGCUAUACUUCUAGUCUUAAAAUUUUAAUAUGCUUAAUAAUAAUAUUGGAUAUACCAUUUGUCAAUUAUAGAUUAUAAUGGUUUAAAAUUUAGAACAAACGUGUAAGUCAGUACAUUUCAUAUUCAUUUUUAGACGGUAACCAUUUCCUACACCUCCUGACUAAAUUUUAAAAUUUAAACUGUUAUACUUAUUUAAAGUACACAAAUUAAGUAUGCCUGAAAACCACAAAAAUCAGUUUUAAUGAUUAUAAAAUGUUAUCGCAUUUACAAAGGACUAAUAAAUGUGUAAGUAUUCGAUGAAAAUUUCAAGUUUCAACAAUUACUCCUAACCGAAUACAAAAUAAAAAAUCAAACUCGAAAAUAACAAAUGCCAAUAUUGUAUAAGUAUUCCCAUUUUUAUGAUGUUUUAACCAGGUUAUUCCUAAUUAUUUAGAAAACUACAUGGGGUACACAAAAUGAUCUCUUAAAUGCACCAUCAGAUAAAAUUUUCUAACCACCCUUGAUGAUUAUAGCAAGAUUUCGAGUAUAUUCACAGACAAUUUAAAACGAUUGACACUCAAACUACCUUAUAUAGUAGUUAUAUGGACUCUAGUUUAAUAAUCCAUAAUGACUUUCAAUUUUAUUUUGCUUUGGAUAAAAAAAAAAAAAAACUAGAAAAAUAAGUUUAAAUGUGGUUUCAGAUACAUAAAAAUGUCCAGCCCUCACCUGAACAAUCUGAUAAUCAUCGGAGCCAUGUUAACGUACACCAGCGUCAUAUUCCUGGGUCUUAACAGCCGUAUGACCAGCAUCAACGUAUUUCCGUACAUUUGCGCAGCCCGCGCGUGGUUGCUGAUGGCCGGAUUCUCGUUGGCAUUCGGUGCGAUGUUUUCCAAGACCUGGAGGGUGCAUUCGAUUUUCACAGACAUCACCAUCAACAAAAAGGUAGGUAAUCGAAAAAGAUCGAAUCGUCUUUUUAUUUCUAAAUGGAUGGACGUUUCAUAAAACCAACUGCUACACGAUUCCGCAAAUUCGUGGAACUGUGUAUAUUUUAAUAUACAUUGAUAUACAUACACGGUGUUAAAUGCAACGCUUUCAUUAUAUUUGUUUAUUAUCGUUAUUAUAAAUUUUUAUUUUUAUUUUUUAAUUUAUAAUAUGUAUAAAUGUGUUAUAUAUGUAUUAUAAUUUAAAAUUCAAUAGAACCAGUAUAAAACAGUAUAAUUUAAGUUAGUUUGUGGGUGACCUUAGUUACAUAGAAAAAAAACUAUUAUUAUUUAAUUUGGUUGUUAUAAAGCAAUUAUGUGACGGGAAACUUUCAUACAAUAUAUAUAUGUAUAAAAUAACAUGUCCUGACUGACCGAUUCACCAUCGCCUUGCCUAAACCACUGGACGGAUUUGGCUGGAAUUUUGGCAUACGGAUAGCUAUUAAGACGUAGGCAUCUUCUAAGAAAGGAUUUUUGGAAAUUCAACCCCUGAGGGGGUCAAAUAGAGGUUUUUAGAUAUAUUUGAUACGUACAGGUAAGACGUUCGGUUAUUGUUUAUUUUGCGUGUGUCCGUUAUCGCUGUUCAGGUUUUUCGUAAUGGCUCUCACGUGUUAUAUUUGCUCUUCCGUAACUUAUCGAAAUACAGCUUCUGUUACUUAUGGUGACUAUAAGAAAAAUACAGCUCACAGUAAUUGUUUCCCUACUUCUAGAUCCUCCCAGAAAAAUGUCUUGUGGAAAUUUAGUUAGUAUUCACCUUCAAACUUGAAUUUACUCUCAAAAAUCGGUAAAAUGCAUGACUUCUUAAUAUCUGCUAAUAAUAAAAUAGAUAACUUAGUUGCCGAAUAUACUCACUUUCAUAAAAAAUUAUGUUUACUGGAAUCCAAAAUUGUUGAAUUAGAAUCAAAUUCGUCAACCAAUGACAACACGCCCUAUUCAAACAUAAUCAACGAAUUGCAAGAUCUCUAAUCACGUGGAAAAAAUAUAAUUUUCUUUAACGUCUCUGAAUCUAACAACGAUGUCGAUGAUUCUUUAGUUAUUAAUGAUGUUUUCUCUAUGAUAGGUGCGUCGAUCUUAGAAGACUAAAAUAUAGGGAUCUAAACUAUUUUUUUUAUUGAAAUUAUAUACUAAAAACUUAAAAUAUAACUAAUUUAUUUCUUUUUUUUAUUAAUGAUUUAUUCCUAAAAACUUCAUGGUUUUUUUAUGGGUAAUUUGAAAGUGGUUCGACUAUACUAUCGCACACCAGCGCAUAUGAAUUUGAACGAUGUAAAUCGAAAAAUGCGUGUAUAAUACGCAGCAAAAAAUUAAUUAAGAUAUGUAUAUUAUGUUCUUUUAUAUCAUUUAAAAACUAUAUACUGCUAAAAUAUGUUUUAAAAAACAAAAAACUAUAAAAUAUUCAAUUAUAUACAAAAUAAAAUUUAGGAUUUAGAUUCCUUACAUGAGUAGUAUUUACGUUUGACACUUCUAUUUGUUUAAUAUUUUAAAAAAAAAAGUGCAAAUGCUAGAAGUCCCGAAUUCUAGUUAUAAGUAUAUAUUAUUUGUGCCCGUACGAAAUAUGAUUCCUAAAACCACCUCUGUCUCCUGCCUCCCCCGUGGUAUAUUUAAUAUGGCGUCUAAACUAAAUGAAUGUGAAUUGUGGCAAUAGGCAUACAAAUUCAUGUUAAAUAAUGGCAGAAAAAAAAAUUGAAAUUGUUGAAUGGUUGGUAAAAUGUAGGUCAGUUAUUGAUAAAAUAAUGUAAUAAAUUAUCUUUAAAUUUACAAUAUCUAUAUACUUUACUAUUAAUAAUGCUGCCUAGAACGUUCACUUAAACUAAAUAACUAUAAGUUUCGUCUACAGUCAUUUUGAUUACUAUUUGUCUGUCUACAUCGGGUUCGACCGAUAUUUUAUUUUCUGAAAUAAUCUAGAAAAAUCAUUUUACACAAAAAUAUCUGUUAGCUAUCAACACACUUCGUUGAUUUUUUUUUCAAUCACACCCGUUCGUUUAAUAUUGUUUAUUUAUUUGUAUGGACACGUAAAAUAAUGAUUAACAGAUAUCCUCCUUAAUAAUAACGCUUAAUUUGAUUUCUUCUACCAUGAUUAAUGGAUAUAAAUAAUAAAUUAAUAAAAAAAAAUUGAUAAUAAUAAAUAUAUAAAAAUCUAAUAAUAUGGAAAUUCAAAUACAAUAUAAUAACGAGAUUAUUAAAAUUUAAACAUUGAUAGUCGUAGCAAAUGGUAUUUACAGUUUAAGAUCGAGAUUCAUUAUUCACGUCACAGCACUUAGUGGUAGAUUAACCGAGCACCCGUUGUAUUUUCUAAUUAGGCAUUCGCUGACGAUGUGAAAUAUUGUUUGGUUAGGAUAAUUGUCAUAGUAAAAAUGAAGUUCGCACCUAAUACGAUAAAACGCGAAAUCAUAAGAAAAACCUUGUUUAUAUACAAUAUUAUCAACGUCCGUGGAAUAUUAUAACCCGGUCUUUAACCGUUUGUAGAUAUUGCCAUAUUAUGCGAGUGUGUGUGGGUGUGUAUGCGUUUUUUUUCCUACCUAUUAUAAAAUAACAAAUUGUUAAAUAACAAAUUUAAACUAGAACAGGAUCAUUUUAAAUAUUACUUGAAUUAUAUAUACAAUAUUGCAGAUUGUUAAAGACACGCAGCUAUUCCUGAUGGUGAGCAUACUUUUGUGUAUCGACCUGGGAAUAAUGUUCACGUGGCAGUUUUCCGAUCCGUUUUACAGGGAAACUAAACAAAUGGAAUCAUACGUGAGUAUAUCGUAAAACGAUGGCACUGUUGCCCUCCGUAUAAUAUAAUCCCGAAUGCAACAUUGGCGUAUAACAAUAGUCAUAAAAAGACGACAAACGCGAUUUUACUUAAGACAUCAGCGGAAGUGAAUACCCCGUAUUCAAUUUCGCAUUAUAUAAUAGGUACCAAAUAAUUAUUUACAUCUACAAAACGAGUAGAUAAUUUCAUCGAUUAAUAGGUAGUUAUAGGUUAGGUAACUCAUUAAAUAAAUAUAAUAGCCUGUAUAAACCGACUGUCACUCGAAUUUUAGAUUCGGAGCACAGCAUGGGAUCUAUUGGUUUUACUGUGGUAUUUUUUUUUCCUGUCUGUGAACAAAUGUUCUACUAAAAAUAUUACUCCGAUCGAAAAAUGACAAAAUUUCGAUUUUGUUCCUUUUAAUAAAUAACCACUAACAAAAAAAGUAAUUUCUGAAUUUUAAAAUCAAAUUUUGACUAAAAUCGUAAAUAUUACGGCCUUUCAAAACAUUUAAAACCAAACUCCGUUCCAAAUCAUUUUUCGUUAGCAAUAGUUUAUCGUUGGUUACAGGUAUAAAUUAAAUAACUAUGUAUCCCUCCUUUCAAACUACCCACCUACAACAGUGGCCUCACCCGUUCCCUUAUCGGCUCUUUUUUUUGUUUCGUUUUUAUUUUACCAAUAGAUUAAAAAAAUAUUUAAAAAAUGAAUCAAAUCAGAGCUUCGUUAAAAUAUAAAGUUUAUUUUUAAAUUAUUACUAAAUAAUAAUGUUUUUUGUUUGUUUUUUUUUUUUUUUAAUAUUAUUGUCUGGGAGAUAAACAGAUAUCAAAUUAAAUAUAAAUUUGUUCUGCGAAAAAUGUAUUUAUAAUUAUGUUGAGUUAACCUGCUCGAUGUUUUUUAUUUCAUUCACUGUAGAACCUGAAUACGUACUGUAUACUAAGAUUAUAGAAUUAUUAUUAAAAAUCAAUUACACUGGCAAUAUCAAUACAAUAUCAAAAUUAAAUUAAUAUUAAAAAUAAUGUUAAUCAAACUGUAGAUAGGUACUAACCAGAACUACUUUAAUCAAAUAACUACAGUAGUAAACUGUAUUUAAAAAAACAUUCGACUGGUUUUUUUUUUUGAUUGAUUGAUAACCAGUUUCGCUGUACGGUUGUGAACAAAAUAGCUUAGUCUUAGAAAUAUAUUGAUGAAAGAGGAAUGGAAAUGGGAUGAUAACUUUAAGUGAUUUUUUGAACAAUAUUAUUACUUGGGGCUUAAAAUAUACUCACGAUAUAUUUUUCAAUCUUAUUAAGCCAUUAGUUUGAUUAAAUUUGUUUUACAUUCAAAUAAAAGAAUUCCGGUUUUAAUAUAAAAAUUUGCAGGAAACGAAAUAUGUCAGAGACAGCAAAUAGUUUUUUUAACGGCCAUGUAUAUGGUUUUUUAAUGUUUAAAUGUAUAAAGUAUACUGCAGAUUAUUAUUUCAUUGCAUUACCGUUUAUGUUUAAUUUGAACUAAAAAUAUUUGUAUAAGGUAUGAAAAAUCGUUAGAUAGGGGAAAAAAUAAUAAUAUACAAUCAACAAAAAUGAUGUCGUGUAAAAAUAUAUAUGAAAAACGGCAGUUGAUGAAAAAAAUAAUAAUAUAAAUAUAAUUUUGAAAGAAACGACAAAAAAAGAAUUCUAAAUGAAUCCUUUGUACGUGUUUUAAAAUUAAAAGCACGCUCUGUUGGCCGUAUAUAGCGGCGGAAACGUGUUUGUUGUUUCGUUUUUAUUUUUCACUUUAUAUAUAGCAGUGUCUUGAAUAAUAUAAUAUGUGUUGCGAACGAUCCAAAAACAUUUUCACCGGGCGAUUUUGGCAAAAAUACUUGGCCUUCAACAUUCAUUCACACUAUAUAUUAUUACAUAAUAAGAUUUUCUAGAGGUCAUCGGAAUACAAGGAUAUUAUAUAUAUAUAUAUAUUUAGUUCACGCUAAGAGGUACCAUUAAAUAUUUUAGUUCAAUGACCUAAUAUUGAAAUGGAAUUUUCGGAGAAUGAUAGGGAGUACCCAAAUACACAUUUUCAGACAAAUCUCAAAUGUUUAACCUUUUUGGUAGAGUAAUACAACAGAAGGCAACAUUAUUUUUUUUUUUACAGAUUUAGACAGAGAAUUUUUUUAAAACAAUUGUUUUGUAAUAAGUUUUUUCUAAUCACAAAAUUGGCAAAGUUACAGUAUGUUAUAAUUUAAUAUUUACGAAUAAUCUUUAAUUGAUGAAAUUUUAACUAUGUUCAUUAUUUAUACUAAAGUAUCGAAAUAAUUAUAUCUCCGAUAUUGUGAAAUACUUGUUUAUAAACAGUUAAAACACAAAUAAACACUUCAGUUCUUUUUAUGGAGGCAUUUAAAAAAUAUUGUAUUUGUGGAUCCUCCUAAUAAUGUCCAAAAUUAAAAAAACAAAUUACGAGUAGCAUGUAAUAAUUUGAGGAAAGACCAAAUAAACGCUGCAACAUCAAGAGAUUUUGUAAACCGUUUGGAAUCAUGUUUGGAACACCAAAACGGAAAUAUUGAACAAUUUAUUUGAUAAAACUAUAGUUGCAAAUAAAUACAUUUUAAUUUCAAAUGUAUAGCGUGUACAUUUUUAUAAUUUUCAUUUGCUUCGAUUUAUUUAGGAAGAAUAAAUGAUAAAAAUAAAACUAAAUUACGAAAACAGUGUUUAUUUGUGUCUUAUAUCUAUCUACAAACAGGUAUUUUAAAAUAUCAGAGAUGUCAUUUAGAUUUUCGAGUACAAGGUGAACAUAGUUAAAAAUUCGUCAAUAAUAGAUUAUUUGUAAAUAUUAAACAUACUAUAUUUUACUAUACAUAUAUUUCAACAUAAAAAAUAUUUUACACAAAAAUUGUUUUUUAAAAGUACUCUAUCCGAAUCUGUAAGAAAAAAAUGAUGUUACCGUUUAAAAAUAAAUUAGUUGCAUUGCGUAUACACGUACCAAAAGUGUAAACAAUUUAAAAUUUGUCUGAAAAUGUGUAUUUGAGUACUCCCUAUCAUUCUCCGAAAAUUCCAUUUCAAUACUAGAUCAUUCAACUGAAAUAUUUAGUGGUACCUCCUAGCGUAAACGCACUGUAUGUAUAUACGUAUAUACGUAUAUAUAUAUAUAUAUACAUAGAGCUAUAACAAAAAAAUAUUAUAACUCAUGCAAUUACACACGUUAUCUAAAUAUUACCCUAACCACAACAAAAACUAUUAAAAGUAAAAGAACCAACGGUUUGUCGUUUUCGUUCUUUUUUCUGGUUUCUUUACUGUUUAAUUCAAAUAAUUCUUCAAAAUUUGUAACUAUUGCAGGUACCAAUUAUGUACAAUAAAAACAGUUAUUUUAGGAAUUUUUAGAUUUUAAGCGAAGCUCUCGCUUCGUGCAUUCCUCGAUGAAUUAAAUUUACUAAGAUUAAUUUUUUUUUUGUGCCUGUAAACAACUUUUUUAACAGAUGAAUUGUUCAAAUCAAAACCAUUACAGACACUUUCUUAAAGAAUAUUUUAUCUAGUUGGUACAUUAAGAAGGUUAUUUUUUAAUUUUCGUUGUGACUUUCCUAAUAAAUAUUAAAAAUUGAAAAUUGUUUGUAUAAUUUUGAUUGGUUUCUGGGUUACCUUGGCAACAAAGAAAAACAUCGAAUAAUACCCUACUCAGAAUUUGUUUUUCGUUAACGAAUCACCGUUAAACCAUCAGGUUUAUAUAUAAAUUAAAUUUCACUUUAUUAUAUCCUUCCUUCUACCUUCUUUCAAAAACAGUGACAUCAUCAUCAGUAUUAGCCUUUUUUCCACCGUAUUUUUUUAUUUCUGCAGCCUCAUCCACACAACGAUGACAUAGUGAUCAUCCCGUGUAACGAAUACUGUCAGAGUGAUCAUAUGACCGUGUUUUUGGCAAUCAUAUACGUCUACAAGGGAUCACUAAUGGUAUAUUACCUGUUUUUCUUUUCAUAUAAGCCGGUUAAAACACAAUUUACAAUUUUAUUGUUAUUAUUUUUCAGGUUUUUGGAGCUUUCCUGGCUUGGGAAACGCGACACGUAAGCAUACCGGCGUUAAACGACUCCAAGUACGUGGGCAUGAGCGUGUAUAACGUGGUACUGAUGUGCGUCGCUGGCGCGGCUAUUUCCUUCGUUCUGAAUGACCAACAGGACGCGUCUUUCAUCAUCAUAUCAGUGUUUAUAUUGUUUUGUUCCACUGCCACACUAUUCUUAGUGUUUAUACCAAAAGUGGGUAUCACCUGUACAUAUACUUAGAAAGCCUAUGCCUAUACUAAAAUAAUGGUGAACCACGCAUUACGUACUGAUUUGUUGCCCUGGUUAUCUGUUAUUUAUAUUCAUAUUCUAUGGUCCAUGGAUCAUGAAUUAUAAACCAUGAAUCACUCUAUUGUAUCCUACAUUGAAGUAUUAUAUAGUCUAGUGGUUUACUAAUACCUAUUGACUAUUACCAUCAACAUUUCAAAGUUCUCUGCAACAAAAUAACUUAAUAUUUUAUAAAAAAUAAUAUAUUUGUUCUCAAUAACAUUUAAAAUUGUUUAGAUGAUACCUCUUAUACAUAAAACCUUAAACCAUCCAUCUGUAUCUCUGUCUGUAUUGCAUUUUUAGAUAUUAAAGGAAUAAUAGAAUGGCUAGAAAAACAGAUUACCCUCUCCUAACUUAUCCGAAUCGGUCAAAAAAAUAUUUAUUUUUUUUUUAUUCAGCAAAAUAGAUUUUUAUCUAUUGUUUUUUUAUUUGUCUAUGCGUGAUCCACUGAUAAAUCUAUCACAUGCAGAUGUCUGGAAAUUUGCAUACAGAAGUGAAUGAACAGGUCCUUGUACACAAUGCACUUCGAAGUUAAAUUUUCAAAAUUCUUCCCCUAAAUAGUGACUGAUACAGCGAUUUCAGUAUUUUUGAUUCGAAAAUUAAAUUAUUUUUAUUGAUCUAUAAGUUAUCUUUAUGAGUGGUUACACAAAUUUCACGUAGUAAUAGAAAAUCGUACCCAUGUUUCUACACAUGAAGAUGCGGAUAAAGUAAAAAGAGAGAUAUGGGUAACGGGUUGGGGAAUUGAGACACUUUAAACUAUUGUAUACAGGUGUCAUUGUGAGUUCAUUCCCAUUUUACUAACAUCUGAUUUCGCCGACUCCAGUUUUGCCGAUAACAUUUUCUUUUAUUAAUACUUACCUGUGACGUAUGUUGCUUGAAGUACACCUACUCAUGAUCCCAUCCCACUAUAGCUCAUAUAAAAAAAACUUGUUUACACUGUCAUUUUUGCAAGGAUCACACUAGUUUUUUUUAAAUUACUUGAACUUUAACCAAAAAUGAAACAUAAAUUUAAAAAAAAAAAUGUAUUUAUUGAAUUUGUACAUAAUUGAAAAAAAUUAAUUUAAAAAUUGUUAUUGUCAAUAGUUUUUGUAUUUUUGAUAAAACUAAAUGUAUAUUUAGUUUAACUCAUGCCACGAUUGUGGCGUUCGAAUUUCUUUAGUAAUAAUAGUUUUAUUGCAACAAUAAUAUUUCAAUUCAGUCGGCUAAUAACUCUUUCAAUUAAUUUCGGUUUUUAAAAAGAUUUUUAUUUUUAUUUUGCUUUUAAAUUAUAAAAAGGGGAGUAUUAAAUUGGCAUAGGCCACGACGGCUGGGACACCUAAUAUUAUCAUACAAAUUAAGAAUUUUUUAUGAAGAAAAAACAAACAAUAACAAUUUAAGUAAACCCUGGAAGUUCUACUUUUUUUUUUAUUCGAAAAACCCAUCCUUACAAGUUGAAUGAUCCUAAUCGUAUAUACUUGAAGUUUAAAUAAAAUUAUAUUGUCAUCGUAUUUUUGUAAAACUGAUUCCACUAACAGAGUUGGGUUUUUAUUAGAUUUUGAAUAAAAUAAGUACCUAGUAAGAAUAUUCUUUUAGAUUUUUUUUUUUUUUUGCUUUGACUCUAAUCAAAUUGUUUUUAUUAUAUUUACAAAGUAUAUAGAUAACUAAAUAGAUUUAAUAUAUUCAAUAGAAAUUUCAAAUAUUCCACAAAUCUGAAUUGUAUUUCAACAAAAGUACUACAAACAUUGCAAAAACAAAUAGUUGUAUGUAAAUUCGUGUGGGUUUUUUUUUAAUUUAAAAAUAUUAAAUACAACCCGAGGGAAAAAUCCUCUGAAUAUAACUACCUAACAUUUUUCUUACAAUUUAAUGACUCUCUUGUUGGUUCGGAGUUUAUAAAUAUUAUUAUAUUUUUAGUUGUCACUCACCAGAAACAUUUUUUUAUAAACGAUUUGCAUUCACAUACACAAUACUGUAAAUAAUAGAUAAACAUAUAUGAUUACAUUAGAAUUUACCCGUAUAGAUUGUAGAAUUAAAACGAAAUCCACAAGGAGUAGAUAAACGAAUACGAGCGACUCUGAGGCCAAUGUCCAAGACCUACAAGGACGUAUGUGAUACCGAGGAACAAAUCCGGGCUCAAAAAAGUAAAAAUCAGCAAUACCGACAGCAGUUACUGGACGUAGAUCGAGAAAUCGACGCGAUGGUAUUGAAGAUCGACACGUACCGAGCUCACAAGUUAUCAGAAUUAAGUUAGUUUUAUUAAGUUGCACAUUAAAUAUUGAGUUUAGAGGACAUUACAGUAACAUAUUUUCUAUUCAAAUGUCUUUCUAGCAAGUUAUAUAGGUAGCACAAAUUAUUUUUCAACGUUCCAACUUUCGUUAAAACAGACUUAUAACAAAAUAUAUCAUUUCACCCAAUUAAAGGCGACAACGUUUAUAACUAUGUUUUCGGUGCUUACAUAGGGAUUUUUCAAUAUCUAAUUCUAAUGGAUAAUCAGCUAUUAAUUGAAAUAUUUAAUCAAUGUUCAAAUCUGUUUUAUAAAACUUAAAAGAAAGUAUAAAAAAAAUUCCUUUUUAAAAACUUUAUAAUACAUGUUAUCUUUUUUAUAUCCAGUGAAAAAAAUAUUGUUUGAACUCUAUUGCAGUCUAGAAGUCAAAAGCCUACUAUUGAAACUCUGAAAAUACAGUUUUUCUAUCCCUAGUUAGAAGACAGAGAAGACAAAUUAAUAUUAUAUUACUGUAGCGUCAUGUUAAGAGGACGCCAAUAACCAUUGUUUUUUUUUUCGUUUUAUUUGGAUAUGUUAUAUAAACAUUGUCCGUUUAUGAUAUUGUAUUUCUAUGUACAUCUCUGAUAUCAUUUCAGAACAGAAAAAAAUUACUGAAGAGAAACUCACUAAAGUCGAUGUCAUACAAGAAGAAGAAUCGAAUGGCGUUAUUGAAGUUUCCGUGCCCGAGCAGUUUUCACCGGAAAAGUAAAUAAAUCAUUCCUUCCCGUCUAUAUGUCAUAAUAUUAAUUUAGAACUAUUGACACAUGAUCCAACUAACGCAUUAUGUCGAACAAACACCUAUAAUAUUGUAAUAUAAUAAUAUAGGUAACUAUUUUUUUAAAGUCGUCAAAUAUAUAGAUUUUAAUAAUCAAACAAAACGCGCGUUUGCAGAUGCUUAUGUAUUUAAAUACAUGGUUAAAUAAUUAUAUCAUUAUAAAUAUUAUUGACGUAUAACAAAAUUUGAACGAUAAGAAAAAAUGUUUGAAAAUUGAUAAUCAUAUUAAGUUAUUGCUGCAUUGGUCAUUGGUUGUUAUGUAAAUAUUUUUAUUAUUUAUCGAACCAAAUUCGAACUUUCAAUUUAUCGAUCUAAUAACAGCUAGAUUAUUUUUGUUGAAUCGAUACAAGUUGUUUAUCGUUUCUGCAAUAGUCAAUAAUUUUAUGAAACUGACAAUGAUAUGUUAUCGAUAACUGGUUAUUAAUCAUUUAUACAACCCGGAAAUAGUAACUGAAAAUAAUAGUUACGUAUGUGUGAUUUCAGAAAACCGUGUCAGAGGCACACGAGGAUCCCAUCAAUUUCAAUUGAACCCGCGAAACCACCAGACGAACCUGUGAGCUUCACGCCAUCCCCGACUAGGGUAUGUAUUUUGUUCAUUGGUUUUGGUUGAAGCUCUAAAACCUUAUUCGGUACUGUAUUUCCCUGUUCCAAAAAAAAAACCUGUAUGGAGAUACACUGAUAAAAAAAAGCCCCGCGUUUUAACGUUAUUUUAUAUAGUACCAACAUAUUAUUUAUUUUUUUUUUAAUGUACCAAUGUACCUACCAUCAAGACCAGAAUAUUGAAUUAAUACGUUUUUGUUUUAAACGAAAUUUAAUAACCUUAAACAGCCGACUAUUAUUAUAAAAAACCGUUUUUAGAUUAUAAUUUUUAAAAGCGAAAUAAUAUCGAGUCGUUUCUUUGAAAAACAGAAACAAAAACUUAUAUAUAAAACUGACGACAUUCGUCGGUGUAUUAUUAUUAUAAAUAAUAUACUUUGUUAUACUCGUCCAAACAUGAAUCCGAAGGGUAAAGUAAGAACAAACCGUAAAGAAAAAAAAAGUUUUAUUUAAUUUUAAGUAACAAUUAUAAUAAAAAUAUAAAGAUCUCAUAUAAUACUCAUACAAAAUUAAAUUAAAUUAAGUAUAAACGCCACAAGCAUAACUAUUUAAGUACCUAAUAAUAUAUAUAUAUAUAGGUAUUUUUAGAUUUUUCGUUAGCAUGAUUUCAAUAUUAUCAUUGUUUACAAAUAUAAAUUAAAUAACUUUACGUAAAUUACCUUCCCAUUCUUCCACCUACAACAAUGCCACACCCAUUCCCAGUAUCAGUUUUUUUUUUUUUAUACUUGUCAUGAAUCCGUCUAAAUGGAUAUUACAAAACCACAACACAUUUAGAUAGCUUCUUUAGCCACGAUUCGUCCUUGUCUCGUGAAAUGCUUUAUAUAUGCGACGGGUUAAGGUAAACGCAUUUCACAGACACGUAUUUAUACUCAUAUAUUAUUACCAUUGUAAUACUAAUACGAUGAAAACGACUUUUCGUCCCAAAAACUUUGAGUGUAGUUGCAACUGCGUAUAUGAAUUAUAUUAUCUAUAUGCAUAGGUACUACUCUGAGAAAAUCCUCUAAUAAUAAAAGGUAAGUUUAUAUAAGAGAAAAUUCAUAAUGUCGCAACAUCUAAGAGUUUAAAUUUAUUUUACCGAAAUUAUAGGUCCGUGACAAGUGCCGACUGCUGGCGAAUGACCGUUCAUAAGAAAAUAAUUUAAGACUGACUUAGGUAUAUCGUCACAAUGUCAUCGAUUUGUAUAAAAUAUCUCGUAGAUAAAAAUUUUAAUAACAUUUUCCUGGUAUUCCGCGUGUUUAUGCGUGAUCGAACGAAUCUCUAUGUGCAACAAUACAUAAUUUAAAAAUUAAUACCCAAUAUACCACACGAAAAAAUAAUUUGUAUUAAAAUGUUUCAUACCCAAGCCAGGUGUAUUGCUAUAAUAAUCCUUACAUGAGAACAGUUCAUAGUAGCACAUCAAAAAAUGUAUAAGUAUCCAUAAAACCACAUUACUUUCCUUUGUGUUUUAAUUCCCCUCCCAUUCUGCGUUCCAUACAAGUUUGUUUCGUUUCCCAAAUAAUUUAAUAUUGCAUCCAUGAGUACCAUACAUUGGUGUAUUCAUCAAUUGGGCUUUUUUAAUUUUAAUAAUAAUUUCUAAAUCAAUGUUGAGACGUUUCUUCUAUAUCUUUACUCUCUCGUCAAUACCAGCAGUAUCAACACAUAUCUAGAAGAAUAAUAAUGUAUAAUAUAGAUAUGUGAAUAUUGUAUAAAAUCAAAAUGUGCACUAUACUAUAAUUUUCAACAACUUACCUUUAUUUUGUAAUUUACAAUUGGUUUUUAUUUUUUUUUUUUUAGACCUAGUAGGAUUAUCUUUACUUCCGCUAUAAUCAGAAACUGAAUCAUCUGUAAAAACUUCACUAGGUCCUUCCGGAAUUACAAUAUCUACACAAAAUAUAGGUUUGCUUAUUUUGAAUUCCUUUAUUAGGAAAAUUGAUCUAAUUACUCAUCUAAACUCUCAACAUCGAAUUCGAAAAUCAUUUUUUCAAUUGUGGAGUUUGCUAAGUUAUGCAUAACUUGUAUCUUAUUGCCUACAUACAUUUUUUUGUCAACUUUUGGGUUACCUUGACAAGAAAUGUAAAACAUAACUAAUGCUACUUCUAAUAUCACACUCAGAUUGGGUUUUUGAUUUCAAUGAAUAAUUAUAAAUAGUCAUUUUCUGUCUACAAAUUAAAUUAACCUAUAUUUAAUGCCAUCAAAUUUCCAAACUACUAUAGUAGCCUACCAGUGGAGCUAAAUACGUCCUGCUUUUUUCCUGUUAUAAGUUUCUAACAAUUAACAAUUCACACAAUUCAAUAUUUACAUUACAUUUUAUAAAACAUAAGCUCGAAACACGUUUAUAGGUACUUCACUUUUCUAUGGAUAUUUUAAUAUUAUCCUUCAAAACCAAAUGUUUAAAUUUAUAUUACAAAAUUCAGUAGUCUUAUGUUUCAAAGUCAUAUUAUUACAAGUGAAUCAAAACGAAAUAUCCAUUGUCAACCUGAACAUAUUCUGUCUACAAGCAACGAGAAAUCUAUACUUACGAUGAUAUGCAUUUUACAUUUUUCAUUUUUUUUUCUUUCUUUCGGAAAACACUUAACAGUAGCAAAGUUUCGACCUAAAAGUUUCACGUGUGAAAUCUAUAGAAGCAAAAUUGAACACAGAUGGUACACUAUAAAGAGGUUGGCUUUCAAACUUCCACAUAAUUUAAAAACGCUUUCGGAAAACUGUGAAAUAAUGGUAAAACAAUAAGGGGUUAACGAGUAUUUAAAUUAAAAUAUUUAAUUUGUUUUAGUAGACGAGUUUAAAUGAAACCAAAAUAACGAUGAGAUCUUUACAAUAUACAAUCUCUCUUUUGCGUUCAUUAUAUUUGCAGCUAAAUUAUUAGAUACACUGAAAAUUGUCCAUGUCAUUUUACACGCAUUUUAUAAUGCUCAUACUAAAAUCCAAUCGUAUAAUGUAGAUUCUGAGUGUAGUGAAGAAACUAUUAGUUUUACUAAUAUGCGUUUUGUUUUUGUUUACCUCGGAAAACAUUUACAGAAAAAUUUUAAAAUUUUCUCAUGCCGUACUUUUAACGAUACGAAUAGUUAUAUAAUUUAUAAAUUGUAUGUAACACUUAUGAACAUAUAACACGUAUAGAGAAUAAAAUAAAUUUGGUACCUUUUAAACUACGCGAUACUGCAAUAGGCACAUAUUAUUUUAAUCAUAUUAUGUAAUAUGGUGCAAAAUUACCAAUUCAUUAAAUAAAACAGUUUUUGUCAGUUUUAUGUAAACGAAUCAACUUUAUAAAAUCUAUCCUCCUGUAGGUACCUAUAAUAUCAUGUUAUAUACUGCAGAUGAUAAAUUUUGUUUAAGAAGUCGAUUCAGUUAUCUAACUAAUAGACCGACUAUCGAACAGUGAUUUAGGGCCGUUCUCACCAACGUAAAAAAAGGAGUUUAUCUGAUUAUUAAACUGAGUUUAUGGUUGAUAACCGACCGCGAUUAAUCGAUUAUCUUAUAAUCUCGGUUUACAAAUGUUUUCAAUGUUUACAUAUGUAAGAACGGGCCUUAUUCGUUCUACUGGUUCUAAUUACCAUUCAAAAAGGUAUUAAUUAUUAAAAUGUUCAUGGGAAUAUCCUUUUAUUUGAAACUUUGUUUAAAAAGGGAAGGAUGGGGUUCCCGUUUGAAAAUCAAAAGUUAAUAAUCAUUUAAAAUACUAUCCAGAUGGGAGUAAAAAUUUGAAAAUAACGUUUAAAUAAAGUUUAAAUAACUCUAUAAAUUAUUGAAAAAAAAAAACAAACAAAAAAAAUCGAAUUUGCCGGAAAACCGUUGGAAAAUUCACUGGAUCACGAUAAAAAAAAAUUGCCCUGAAUAAUUUCCCUCUUAUAUACGACCAUUAUAAUUUAGCCAAGUUUUUAGUCACGUGUUCGCGCAAUUUUCAGCGGUGUUGACGUUGAACACGUGGAAUGCGGUUCGAUCGUUGUCCGUCGUUUGAUUUUCAUUUCCAAACACGUAUACAGAAACUCGGCGGCAUACGUUUCCUCGGUCGUUUUGGGACUUCGUGGAAUGUGAAAUUUCGUAGGCUUUCCCGUCAUCGAAACUGUUAACGUUUAAUCGAUCAAAGCCGGUAUAUUUGUCUUUUGAAAAUCUGUAUAAAUAGUUUACCGACGACUUGUAACGGUGGCAAGAGGAAAAACAAAUUAUUAUAUUCCACUAUAGCUCGGUCGCAGUCCUCUGCGCAUCCCUCAAGGGACCAUGAGCGUUUUUUGCUCGACAAGUGCCGUUUUUACUGGGAACGUUUUAGGAGAGAUAAGGGCCAUUGGCUAAAAAUUCUUAUACUUAUCAAUAGUUCAUAGUUUUGAUUUAGAUUUUAAAACAGUAGUUACAUUCAAUAUAGCAUUGAACGUAAUACAUACGGACAAUUAUUAGUUGAAAAGUUACCUAAUCUUUGGAUGUUGACAAUAGAUACCUCAACUUCCAUAGACGAUAUUAAAACUUUAAUAACUGUUUCAAUAACAACAACAACAACAUUAUCUUCGGGAGUAUUAAAAAUUAUAAAAUGUCGUGAUCUAGAAAGCCUAUCAUUUACUUCGUUCACAUAAUAUAUUUUAUUUUGAUCAAAAUAGUCACUCGAUUUCACUUUCUUGCGUAAAUUAUUUACCUCAGAUUUUAAUAAAUCAUAUUCUUUUUGCAAAUUACUAAAUGAGAUUACUAGGUUAUCCAAUUUACUCCUCAAAUCAGUGAAGUUUUUUUCGUAGACUGUUAAUUUGUUGUUUAUUUUUUUCAAACCACUGUCAUGUGUUUCAUUAAUACACUUCAGUAACUUUAUAACAACAUUUAUUGAAUGAUCAAUUCGUAUAUUAAAAGAACUUGCUGUUUUUUUUAAUCGAUAUAUCCUUUUGUUUUGACAUUUCUAAAAAUGUAUUGAAUAUCACUAAAUAAUAAUUGUUAUAUAUAUAUAUACGUAUAUACAACAAACACGGACACAAGGAAAACACGUUCGCUUACUAUGAACAACUGUACUGUACUAUUAACCAACAUUAUACAAAUAAUUGCCAGUUAAUGAACAGAAAACCAUUUAUUAAGAAAAUAAUAAAAUUACCCCCGUAGUGCACCAAUUAGAUAAACAAAUACUACAAAAAACUUCCUAUAAAGUUUAUGAUUAGUACAAAUUGGCAGGUAGAAAAUUGUUUAUUAACUAAAGAAAAAAAAACAAAUAAUCACACAUCAUAGUAAAAUUUGUACAUUCCUAGUUUUGCUCAGAAUCUAAAAUAAUAGGUUACUAUAACUAUAAUUAUUUAAUUUAUUUUUAAUUAAAAGAGGUGUUAUACAUUAUAAAAAAACAUUCAGCAAAUUGAUACUAAGUUAUGAAAGUUAAAUAAUUAAAAGUAUCUUGUAUCUUUAUGUAUCUAUCAUACUGUUAUAGCAUAUCAUUGUAUAUUUUCUAAUUUUAUAAUUCCCCAACCCUUCCUAUCCGAAAAUUAUACAGUCUUAAUACGUUUUUCGUCCUUCACAGUCGUUCAGCCAGAGACGUUCCAGCGGCUGCAGUGCCACCGCAUCGAUGGGCCAACAACAGCCGGCGGCCAGUUGUGCGUAUCGGCGACCGUCAAUGCCGCAGACCAAGAGGUCGUGCCAGCAGCCGACGUUCGUGCACCAGGACGAAUUGUGGCUAACGCAAACGCAACGGCACGCAAAUCGGUCACCACCACCCGUCACCAGAGGCUUGCUCAACAAUAACGUCGAUUCGCCUACCGACGACGGUACGUAUAUUAUGUCCACGAUAUUAUAAUAAUACCUAUUAUGUUGGUAUGCUUAGAGGCUUUCAGGAUAACUCUGCGAUGGCUUAGAGUUAUAUGUCCCUGAGGAAAACAACAAGGGACAUAUUAUGGUCCCCUCCAAGAAUUUUUUUUAGGUCACAAUGAUGGUUUGUUUAAAAGUUAUCUAUGACCCUUCUUUCGGGUUUUUCACAUUUGCUAAGAAAACUCUUGGGAAAAUCAAAAAAUUGAUCUCUCUAAAGUACAUCCCUAGUAAAAUAUCCUUUUAGAAAAAUUGCUAUCAUUUCAAGUUGGAGCAAAAUUCCUGGUAGAAAAGUUGUCCGCAGGAAAAAAAUAUCGUAAUAUUAUAUUUCGUAAAUAUUACCGUGUAUUUUGGUUUUUCACAAUUGGUGAGAAAACUCCUGAGAAAAUCGAAAAAUGAACUGCUUAAAGUACCUUCCGACGCCGAAAAGGUGCUACACAUAAAAAUCCGAAAAAAUAUUCUGGUAAAAAGUGACGCACAGAUAAAAAAAAUAAAAAAAUGUGUAAAACUAUAAGCUUCUUCGGUCCACUCAGAAUGUAAAAGCAUGUAAGCGAUAUUAUAAAAAUAUAUUCAUAAAACAUUUAUGGAAUUCAUAAUCAAAACAUUAUUAAUUAAUUUAUAAAAGUUUCACAUGUCACACUUCGUGUUGUGUACACUCAAAAAGUGACUGCAGACUAAUUAUCGUUUAAAAUAAAUAAAAAACGUAAAAAUUAAUAACUGAAAAUAACUAAUGGAUUUUCGAUAUUUUCGAUAUAUCAGCCGUCCAUCUGUUUUAUCGCACUUUAUCGAAGUCCACUAUAAUAUUUAUCAUCGUAGUAAUCCUGUUUCACAGUCUUAUUAUAUUAGCACGUGUAGGCAGUUAUGAUUAAAAUUAGCAAAAGGUACAUACUUUACAUGUAUACCUGUACAAUAUUAUAUAUCAUAUAUACCUUUAUUACCAAUAGAGUAUAAAGACUACAGUGUCCAAAUGUGUCACAAUUUGGGAUAUAAUGGCAUACGUGUUUUAGCCCUAAAUUUAACAGUUGUAUACUCAACAAAUCUUGAAAAAUCUUUAUUUAUAUUUAUUGAAUAAAUAAUACUUUAAUAUUAUGUCUCGAAAAUAAAUCUGAAAAACGCAAAAUUAAAAUAUUAUACAGAAUAAUAUACAGCAAGAAUUAUCAACCUUUUGAGGUACACGGCCCCUUUCAUACUAUUUUAUGAUAUCACGCGCCCCCUCAUCAUAAUAAGAUUGAAUUAUGUUUAAUAUAUUCGAUGCUGAUUCUGCGUGGUCACAAAUACGAUGUUCUGUGGUGGGACAAAGCAGCCUUGUUACAAAUAAGAAAAAUUCUAUUUUUUUCGCAUUAAAAAGUUUCAUAAUCGUAAAUUACGGAGCCGAGCAGUUUGAAAACAUAGGUUUUUGAUUUAACCUAACCAAACUUUUUUACCUUUUAGAUUCCGAGCGUAGCGAGAGAGGUAUUGAGUCUAGAUUGGUUUUACAAUGCUGUUUAUUUCUUUUUUUCUUCGUUGUUCUACUCUGUGGGCACAUUUUUUCCUAAUAAACUCGCUCUGAUUUUUACGUGUAACAACUUUUCUGAAAGCUCAAGUUGUCUAGAUGGUACUUUACUAGCAGUAAAACGUACAAUUUCACAAUUUCAUUAUUUUAUAAAAACACGGACGACGUUUUCUACCAGAAAAAAAAAUAUAAUCGAAAAAUCACAGGAUACCUUUUUUGUUGCCUUUUUAAUUUAAUUUCUUAUUGUAUCAUUGCAAAAACUUUUAAAUCACUUUUGAGCUUUUAAGGAAUUUUAAUUUUUGGGAGUUUUUUGCUGUAAUUCGAUUAUAAAUAAACGUAAAGACUUAAAACUUGAUAAUAAUACUUAUAUUGGACUUAUCUAGACGUGGUAAAAUUUCCAAAAUCAUCGAACGACUUUUUUUUUUUUAAAAAAAGCGUUUUGAAAUUAAAUUUAAAUGAAAAUCGCAAAAAAAAAUUACGGUACUUCCUAUAUAUAAAAUUGAAUUUCUUAUGUUUAAUUCGAUCUUGAUGCAAGUUUGCAUACUUAGCAUUCAUAAUACGAGGAAGGUCACUUUUCAACUCGAAAUGUUUCACCUAAAGAAGGGCUGACACAGGGUUUCUGAUUUCUUUAAAAUUGACGAACCUUGGUGAGACGGAUAAAAAAACAGUUAUUAUUAUUUAAUUUGGUUAAUUACAAGGCAGAGAUUAACUGUAAUACAGAAAAAGGUAAGAACGGGGAAACACGUUAUUUAACUCCUUUUAAUUAUUUCUGUUUUUGAAUGAAUUGAGGCCGGGAAAGUUCAGGGAUAAUAAUUAUGCUAUAUAAUAAUAUUUGUAUUAUUCGUUAUUUUUACAGAAGACGAUAGUUCGUCUUCCGCGACGACGGCCAGUUCUAUGCACCGUUCGGUAUCGGAAAAGAGCGGAUCCUGUAGCGGAGGCGUCGGCAUUAGCUGUGUCGGGUCGUCGACGUCGUCCCGAAACCGUGGGCCAGGGUUGAGACGGCCAUCGGCGCCGCACAUGCACAGCACACCCAACGUGUACCACGGCCGACGGCGGGAAUCGGGCGGCUCGGCAGGCGCUGGUUCACCGCCCAACACGACCGGUUCGCCGCCAUCGCUCGGCGGUGCCGGCAUGUCCCGUGUGAACACGCUGUCAGAGGGUGAGCUGCUGGACGUGGCCAUACUGCCAAUAUUCCAAAAGCUAUUGACUGAAAGGCGGGCGCACAACUCCUCGUCUUCGUCGUCGUCACAUCACCACCACCAACAACAGUCGCAACAACAACACCACAACAGGGCGUCGAUCGCGUCAUGUCCCAACAUUGCGGUCAAGUGCGACAUCGUCGAAUACCUCUAGUCAGUGUCCGUCGUGUUGUACUGCGGCAGCUGCGGCGACAGUGCAGACGGCUGCAGUACGACGAACACCCAGUCGAAUAUAACGACAAAGGUGAGAUUUCAGGUUCUCCACAUCAUCUGUUGAUGAUUAUACUCUAUAUAUUUGUCGAUUCUAAUGUAGAAUUUUCAAGAAACGAAUAAUAAAUUCAGUAAUCUAGUUAUUGAGGUUAAAGUUUGUAGAAAAUGUUUUGAUUCCGAAAUUCCUCUAUUUAUGUAAUAAAAUAAUUCUGAUGACAGCACUUUUAAUGGGGCUAAUCGAAUUUGUCCACUCAUACAAAGCAUUAUUCCUGGUGUUUCUCAACUGAAUUACUUAGCACUGCAGAACACAUGCACUUGAUCCAUUUUGUCAAUGAUAAUAACGUUUUAGAUUCUAAGUGGAGCGAAGAAGCUUAGAAUGAUCUUAAAAACAUAGCUUUUUUUUUCUGUGGUCAACUUUUCUACCAGUAAUUUUGCUUAUAUUUAUAAUAAUAGCAAUGUUUCUAAAAGAAAAUUUGACUGGGGUACUAAGAUACUUUAGAGAGGUCAUUUUUCGAUUUUCUGAGGAGUUUUCUCAACAAAUGUGAAAAACCUAAAAAAAAAAAAUGAGAAAUUCGGUACAUUAAAUAAAUAUUAUUAAAGGUAAUAUAUCAUGCCUUUUUAAUUAUUUUACAAUAAUAUUACGCACAUAUUAUUGACAAAGCAUCACUAUCAACUGAACUCCGCUCAGAAUAGUUUUUUUCGUUAGAAAUGGUUUAUCGUUGCUUACAUAAUAUAUACAUUAAAUUACUUAUAAGUUAUAACAGUGGCUGCACUCAACCCCAUUAUCCUAGGACAGCUUUUUUAGUUUGUUGUACUCUUUAGUGAAAUCAUAACGAAAUGUAUCACUGGCCAAACUGUAGUUUUUGUCUAAUUGUUUACUUCGAAUUUCUCAAACUCCAAUAAAACGUUCAUUCAUUUGUAAAAAAUCGCCUCAAUUGGUCGGUGCAUUAUAACGUGAAAGGAUAACACGCUUUUCACUUCACCGACUUCCAAUAAGGUUGUCCAUUUGUGUGAUGCUGUCUUUUGACAUCCAUACCCCUAAACCCAACCCCUAUGAACAUUAGCAUCUAUAGGUGACAAUUCAGGGGGAGGGGGGAGGGCAAAUAAAGUAAUUCUCCAAAUGUAUGCUAAAUGAAGGUUUAAAUUUAAAUUUAUUACAAUUAUCAAUUGAUAUUAUUUUUCAAGUGCUCCGUCUCGUCCUCCCAAUGGACGAUGUGAUUGUCACAUUUCCCCAUGUCCUCCCUAAUUCCAAACCCAAACCUUCUUCAUGGCUGGGGACUGUUACUAUGGUAACUAUGGUAUACUGUAUGCAAUAUAACCGCUAUGAGGAUGCGUGAGUAGGUUUCGGAAGUCGGUAUAACGGCACGCGCAAAAGCCACACUUACAUUUAUUAUGUAUAUAUUUAUUACAGAAGACAAAUCAUACUUUACGGGACCAAGAAACGACGACGUUCCAAUGCCACAUUCACUUGAGGCCGUUUAAAUCGUAUUAUUAUUUAUUAUUAAUAUUAUUAUUUUGUACAGAUUAGUAUCUUUUUAGAAGAGAAAAUCAUUACUUAAAUAAGACCGUACUAUAUCGAUUAUUUUAGAUAUUAUAACGGAAAAAAAUGUUAUGUAGUUCCUUAGUUUCGUUAUUAUUAUUGUUUUUGUCAAUUAAAUAAAUUUGUAAACUAAUCGUUUUCUUGUUUUACC